AGUGAAACCAAUGGUGUCUUCUUCCGAGUUGUCAUAUAUAGGAUCGCAGUGCCCGUCACUUACGUAGAAACGUAGGAUGCUGCCUUUUAUUAUUAUCAUUAUUCUAGAUUCAGGUAGGUAGCCGUGUUGGUCUGACGCAGUCGAAAUAAAUAAAAAAAAGUCCAGUAGCACCUUAGAGACCAACUAAGUUUGUUUUUGUUAUUGUUAUUAUUAUUAUUAUUAUUAAGUCAGACCAUUGGUCUCUCUUGCUCCCUGCCAUAUCCGGAGACGCCAGGGAUUGAACCCGAUGCCUUCUGCAUGCAAAACAAAUGCUUUGCCACCGAUCCACUACAAGGAAGAUGGUCCAGCAAAGAAAUAACACAAAAAAUAUAAAAUCAUUGAUAAUACUAACCUUUACUUGAACUUUUCUUAUUUUAACCCAUGUGCAACUGUACUCACUCCACGUGCCUAUUUUAGAGUUUUGUUUCCCACCUCUUGUUAUAAUUGCUCUGUUUUAUAUACACUAUAAGAUGAUUUUUUAAGCUUUCAACUUUCAUAAAGGCACCAGGUGAAAAAAACCCCAAAAUUAGGGCAAUUAGGAAGGUGUUCCUCUCCCCGCAGUUUCAUAUGGCGUGUUUUGUUUUAUUUGCGUAUUUUAUGUGCGUGCGUCCCUGUCUUUAAAAGAGCGGUAUUCAGGCUUGAGGGGCCGCCCUGAGGCCAGGUGAGGGGCGGCAGCGACAAGCGAGGGAAGGGGGCGGUUUCAGACAACAAUCGUGUCCCGUGUCGUCGUCGUCCCAAUACUCCCGCCUUCCAAAAAGGCCUAGGAAUUGCUUCCGCCGGUAGCAAGAAGUAGGACAGCGGGGAGGGGGAAGGUAAAGAGAGCCCCUUCCCCUUCAGCGGCCUCGCAGGCAAGGGAGGCUGAGCCGCAUUAUGCGCUGUAAAAGUUCCGACCUUCCAUAACUGAUAGUAAGAAUAAAUGGCAAUCAUAUAGUUAGGGGGACGGGACAGAAUGGCUUAUAUACUAAACGGGGUUCAGAGGUUGGAGUUGAAGUGGUGGCGACACGAUCCAGGUGUUAAAAUGCCGAAGGCUGGGCGGCACUCUGCCCAUGCCUAGAGGCGUUCUUCUUUAUUAAGAGGGCAUCGUUUGGCAGGUAAAGGAAAAAAGAGCCUCUUAAGAAGCAAUUCCGUCUUUAAUAAAAGAGGACGCCCAGAAAUGGAAGAGGAGGAAGAGCUGGGGGUGCAAAAUCAAAAAUUGAACAGUGGCUACCAAAAGUGGCUUUUAACAUCUGGUUAAGGGAGGGGGGGUUGAAGGCGUGCAAAAUCAAAACUCAACAAUGUUGGCGAGAAGGGUACCGCCCCGAAAAAAACCCCAGCCCAGCAACAACAACAACAGCCCACCUUUUACUGUUUUAAGAGUAAAGGGUCUUAUAGAAGCGUGCAAAAUAAAAGACUCCUGCGCUUUUAUUGUACUGGAUUAAGGGGGGAGAAAGGGAUCUCGUUGCAAAACCGAUCGAGCCCUGAAAACAGGGUGGGCGGAAACAUUUCCGAGAUCAAGAUAGUCCAGCUGCAAUUGCGAGAGGCCUCCCCCUCUUUCCCUUCCCCAAGUUUUGAAACGGAUCUCCCUGCUUUUUGCGCGCAGCGAUGGACCACCGAGGCGCUAUUCCGAAGAGAGGCGCCUAGCGAUGCUGGCUGGCCCCGGGCCGGCUAAAGCAGAGCACCAUCUCUUUGGUUCGCCUCCGCUCGGCCUCCGCUCACUCUCUCCCCGCCUCCCUCCCUUUCCCUCCAGGGAUGAUCCUCCUCCUAAGUCGGAAGGGCUGCUGAGGUCAGAGACAGACGCCAGCUGAGUUUGGGACGCAGCAGCGACGGCGGAGGCGUUUUUGCGCGGAAAGUGAAUGACGGCGCAAGUCGAGAGUUGACGCUCCUUUGGCAACAAGAGCACCCAAAAAGCCAGGCGGGGUACCUGGUGGGGGCUCCAUGAUGCGGGCCAGGGUUGCGCCGAGGUGGGUGCCGUUUCCUCCACGCACCCGGGACAGUCUCAGGUCUGCAAGAUGCGCCUGAUCUUGGACGAAGCGGCGACGGGAGCCGGGGUUUAAAGGGAUUUCCCGGAGCAAAGCAAAAGUCUUCUUGGGGAUGGCUGUGAAUCCGGAAGAUGACGACGUCCCCCUCAUCCUCACCUUGGAUGAGGGCAGAAGUCACGGUCCCGAUCCGGAGGGGCUACCCAGCGAAAGUAAGUUCAACUCCCUCCCUUCAUUUGUUUGUUGCAUCCCCUGCAACGAGGCUGGUGUCCUUUGGCAGUUACCUAAACACGCCAUACUUUUUAAAGCCCAUUUUCUCCACCAAAGGAUUCUGGGAACUGUGGUUUCUCCACAUUCAGAGCUACAUUUCCCAGCGCCCUUGACAAACUACAGUUCCCAGGAAUCUUUGGUGGCCACGGCGAAACAUAACUUUAAAAGUAUGGUGCGUACCCAGCUUAGCGGUAGGGCAGAUAUGUAUGACAAGUUGUUACUUUUUAAACGAAGCUUUACAUCAAGAUUUUGCUGAGAUCUCAGGAUGCAAGGGCAACCGGAAACAAUUUGAGCAAGGGCAAAUCAAAAUUAAAAACAUGCAGAACCACGCUAAUGAUGAGCAGAAUUGAUGUUUCCUUACCAGUUAAAAGCCUGGGCAGGGCAGGGGGAAGAGGGGAAUUAUUGGCCCCUUUGCUCAAGUGUAACAGACUAGAUGCCAGGUAAGCAGUUCUGCGGAGCGUGUUCCAAAUUCAAGGCACUGCUGCAAGAAAGGCCGUUUCCCCAAUGGUGUACAUCUUGAUGGGGGCAUCCAAAGGCUUGGGGAAAGAUCUGCAGCUCCAUGGUAGAACAUCUGCUUACUCCAUGGAGGCUGGUCCUUUAAGGCGAAUGGGACACAGCCCCACCAGCCUCAGUUUGCCUUCAGCCAGCCCUCGCCUUCCUGCCCUCUUACAACCAGUCAAGGGGGUGGUUUGCCUGCCAUUAGUUGCUCUCGCUCCACUCAUUGUUGGUCUCUCUCGGCCUUCUACCUUUCUAGCCUCCACUGUCUGUUUUGCAUUCAGAAUUCUGGUCCCAGCUUCAAUCCCUGGUGUCUCUGGGUAGGGAUGGGAAGGGGACCCCAGUCAAAAACCUUGGAGAGCUGCAGCCAGUCAGUGUAGACAGUACAGUGGUUCCUUGGUUCUCAAACUUAAUUUGUUCUGGAAGUAUGUUCCAAAACCAAAGCGUUCCAAAACCAAGGUGUGCUUUCCCAUAGAAAGUACUGUAAUGCAAAACAAAUUAAUCCGUUCCAGACUUUUAAAAACAACCACCAAAACAGCAAUUUAACAUGAAUUUUACUAUCUAACAAGACCAUCAAUCCAUAAAACGAAAGCAAUAAUCAAUGUACUGUACUAUAAAAUAAAUAAGACAGUUUUGUAGAUGAUGAUAAUAAUAAUAACAAAUUCUUACCUGCACUGAUGAUAGUCAUUGUUUGGAUGGGGGGCUUUCAUCCAUUUCUGCAGUCAAUCAAUCAGUAGCUGAACUGGGUUCCACACAGUCGCAAAAACAAAUUAAUCGAAAAAGCCUCAAAAACAAAAAUGCUAAAUAAAUAAAUAAAUAAAAGCUCCAAACUUAAUCAGUUCCAGAAGCCCAUUUGACUUCCAAAAUGUUUGAAAACCAAGGCAUAGCUUCUGAUUGGUGCAGGUGCCCUGGAAAUAAUAGCCAACAGCCACAUUGGAUGUCUGGCUUCCGAAAAACUUUGGGUUUUUUGGAGUUUGAGAACCAAGGCAUUUGAGUACCAAGGUACCACUGUACUGAGUUAGAUGGGCCAAAGCUUUGCAUCUUCCUGUGCUAUGCCUAGAUUGGCCACUAAUGGUGAGCUGCCUUAUGGGGAGGUCCAUAGAGAGUAGACGCUACACGCUUACCUUUUUUUGUGUACACGUGUCAGGGAGUCAUAGCAAGUGAAUCCUAACUUUACAUUGCGUGAGCCUGCACAAUAGAUAGGUUUGUGCGUGCUCGUUCUUGAUUUACCUUUCAGAAGCUUUCUAUUCUGUUUUUGAUGGAAUGAGCUUCCAGGCAGCUGGCUCUUGUGCUUGAGUCCUGCUUGCAGGUUUCCCACAACCAUCUGCUUGGCCACUGUUGAGAGCAGGAUGCUGGACUACAUGGACCGUUGACCUGAUGCAAUAGGCUCUUCCUAUGUUCUUAGAUUGCAAUAAUGCAUAUAGACACCCAUAGACAGAUCCCACACCUGCACCAUCCAGUCGUAGUUAGUUCCAUGGAUGGGGUCAGAAUGUGCAGCUCUCAGAGUUAGAAACUCAGAUAUAUAUAUAUAUAAGCUAGGUGCCAAAUGGCUCCUUAAACCAGGGUUACAGCUGCCAUAACAGAAUGCUGAGCCAUAAUGUUCAACACGACUUCUGGAUUCCUGAAAUUCAUUCUGAUUGUGCAGAUAAAAUAGAAUCCUACGGGAUGUGUUGCUAAGUGUGUGAAAACAGGCAAGACCCAAAGACCCCCAGGCAUGCAGCUCCAGAUGUUGGAGACAUCCUGGUGCCCAGGCAUCUUCACUUGGUCACAAGUGGCUGGUAAAGGUAAAGUUAAAGGGACCCCUGACCAUUAGGUCCAGUCUUGACCGACUCUGGGGUUUCAGCACUCAUCUUGCUUUAUUUGGCCGAAGGAGCCGGCGUACAGCUUCUGGGUCAUGUGGCCAGCAUGACUAAGCCGCUUCUGGCGAACCAGAGCAGUGCACGGAAACGCCGUUUACCUUCCCGCCGGAGUGGUACCUAUUUAUCUACUUGGACUUUGAUGUGCUUUCGAACUGCUAGGUUGGCAGGAGCAGGGACCGAGCAACAGGAGCUCACCCCGUCGUGGGGAUUUGAACUGCCGACCUUGUGAUCGGCAAGUCCUAGGCUCUGUGGUUUAACCCACUGCGCGACCCGCAUCCCAAGUGGCUGGUAGCCAAGUGCAAAAUGCGCCUGGCACCUGGCGAAUUUCGAACACUGCUCUGCAGUCUGUGGGCAACUGGCAAUUUUAGCUGGGUGCUCUUUCUAGAGGGGCGUAGGGUGUUUAAUAAGCUUGUUGCGGCUUGAUUCGUUACUGGCAGAUGGAUUAGGCUGAUCUCCCCCUUGCUGUAAAGGUGCAAUCCUCUCUUCCCUUGUCCCUCCCCAGCCCUUGGUUCAGCAGAGAACCUCUUUCGACCUAAAGUUUCACUUCCAGUUGGGCAAGAUGCCAUUCGACUUGUAGUGCAAUGAAAUACUUUUUGCUGAUGUAGUCACAUUAAUUACAGUGAGAAUCCCUGGGGUACCUGGACUGAAUUGGAGUUUUCUAUUCUGCCUGAGAUAGUUAAUUAGAAUCGAAAGUUAACUUCAAAUGUUCCCAGACACUGAAAUGCAUUUUAGUGGAUAAUGUGGGCAAACUGUAGUGUGAGCUUUGGCUCGCUUGCUGGAGUUAUCUGUCUGCUCUGCAGCGGCCAGAGCCAGUUCCUUUAGGAGCCAGUCCCUGUGGGUUCUUGUGCUAAUGCCUGCUUCAACCUCAAUAUAGUAAUAAAAAUAAAACAGGACAUUGUGUCCUGCUUUAAGUACCUGGGACUAAGGGAGGAAAGUAUUUGCAAAUAUUAAUUUUGCUUGGGGACGUGAGGUGGUCAUUGUAAAAUUGUUCCUUGGUCUUGGGUCUUCAGGGUUCGUUUCAUGCUCACUGUAGGGAUGCGGGUGGCGCUGUGGUCUAAACCACUGAGCCCCUUGGGCUUGCCGAUCAGAAGGUUGGCGGUUUGAAUCCCCAUGACGGGGUGAGCUCCCAUUGUUUUGUCCUAGCUUCUGCCAACCUAGCAGUUUGAAAGCAUGCCAGUGCAAGUAGAUAAAUAGGUACCACUGCGGUGGGCAGGUGGGCAGCGUUUCCAUGCGCUCUGGCACUUGUCCUCCGUGCACCAGAAGCGGUUUAGACAUGCUGGCCACAUGACCCAGUGUGCUGGUCCUGGGGGGAGGUUACCGUGGGGCGAGGUCCAGGACCUGAGUCGAGGGUUGGCAGACAGUCUUCCACGGGCGAAGCGGGGUCCAAAGCGAGGAGCCGGGCAAGGACAGGAACUCUGGGGGAACAGGACUGGGUGCUGGCUGAAACAGCUCUUCAACGACGUUGCUCCCGCAACCUGGGACCGGGCUGACUGGCCUUUAUCUUCUCUGAGGCCAGGGGCGGUCCCGGCCCCCAGGAGACCCGCCUCUCAUGGCCUUAAGGCGAGCACUCCUCCUGGGAGAAACCAGUUCCCUCCGCCUCUCUGCCCUGAGCCUCUGCAGCUCAGGAGAGGCUGGAGGGUUACUGGACCCAGGGGGAGACUCACCUUCCCCUGACAGGGCUGGGAGAGGCGCACCUGUAGGCACUGUGUCCUCAACCCCCUCCGGAGCCAGAGUGGAUUCACCUGGUGCCUGCUCCUGAGGAUCCGGCACAGGUGCAGGCGCUUCAGAAUCAAGGCCCUGCCCCAGUUCAGCCGGCCCUGGAGGCGGGGACUCCUGUGCAGGCUGGGAUUCCUCCGGUUCAGCCUCUGAAUCGGAUUCCCAGGCCAUCACACCCAGAAAGCUGUUCUGUGGACAAGCGCCGGCUCCCUCAGCCUGAAAGCGAGAUGAGCGCUGCAACCCCAGUUGCCUUUGACUGGAGUUAACCGUCCAGGGGUCCUUUAUCUUUUUUAGCUUUUUACCAUGCUCACUGUGAUUAAUGAAGGAAUCCACUUUUCUAGGAGUGACACAAAAUGUAAACAGAAUCCAGUGUGUGGCAAGCACCUUAGGGCCUUGGAGCACUUGGUUGCAAUUAAGAUAGGGACCAGCUGAUGCUGCUGUCAACAGAUAUUUUCACUUAUCAGGCCUAUUAGCAGUGAGGAUCUAGACAUGCCAAGGAUCCAGGUUCAGAAGAAACACAGGGACAUGAUUGCAGGAAGGGAAGCGAUAAAUUCUCAGUAGCAUUCUCAAUAGGGAUUGUAUGCAGAAGAGAAACCAAUGGAACAAUGUUUUGUAAGAAAAGAAUGGAUCUUGGAAAUGAUGAAGAGUAAGGUGAGAUGUGGAAAAGACUGAAUAUUGAAGAAGAAGGAAAUAAAAAACUAUCUUCCCCUCCCUUCUAAAGCUGUAGACAUGGGAAACUAGGAAUACAAUUGCAAGUGUGUGUUUGAGGUGGGUAGUUUUGAGAGGCAAGAAAACACAGGAAGGACCUUGGCUCCAUUGCAUGUCCCCCUUAAAUGUAAACAAUGUGAGGAAAGCAUUUAAUAUUUUACAAAUAUUGCAGUAAAUGCUUCUCUAUAAUGUAACAUGUAAACCACAUUAAGCAUGCUUUAAUUUUCCCUCUCAUAUAUUUUGGGUCUAAUAAUUGUGAUGUAUUGGGAUUUUUAAAAAAUAUAUCAUGUGGUACUUUUAUUUUCUUUUUUAGCUUUGUUUACUAAAUACAAGUAAAAUAAACAAUAAGCAAUACUCUCCCUGAUGCUUUUCAACAUUUUUAUGCGCCCCCUCACCCAGCUUGUCCGGAGCUUGGGUUUGGGUUGCCAUGAGUAUGUUGAUGACACCCAGCUCUAUCUGUUGAUGGAUGGCCAUCCUGACUCUGCCCUGGACACACUGAUCAGAUGUUUGGAAGCUGUGGCUGGAUGGUUACGUGGGAGCUGGUUGAAGUUAAAUCCUUCGAAGACAGAGGUCCUUUGGCUGUGUCACGACGAUAUGGGAUUGGGGGGCCAACUCCCAUCUCUUGCGGGGGCGCAAUUAGUGCCAGUGCUGUCCAUUAAGAAUUUGGGUGUAAUCUUCGACACCUCCCUUUCUAUGGAGGCGCAGGUUGCAGCUAUAACAAAGGUGGCAUAUUUUCAUCUCUGCCAAACUAAGGAGUUGGCUCCUUACCUCUCUCGCCCUGACCUAGCCACUGUGAUCAACACGACGGUCACAUCCAGGCUUGAUUAUUGUACAGUGGUACCUCUGGUUACAUACACUUCAGGUUACAGACGCCCCUAACCCAGAAAUAUUACCUUGGGUUAAGAACUUUGCUUCAGGAUGAGAACAGAAAUUGUGCAGCAGCGGCAGCAGGAGGCCCCAUUAGCUAAAGUGGUGCUUCAGGUUAAGAACAGUUUCGGGUUAAGAACGGACCUCCAGAAUGAAUUAAGUACGUAACCAGAGGUACCACUGUAACUCCCUCAGCAUGGGGCUGUCCCUGAGACUGACCCACAAACUCCAGCGGGUGCAGAAUGCUGCAGCGAGACUCCUCACGGGGUCCCUGCCAUGGGAGCAUAUUCACCCAGUGCUUUACCAGUUGCACUGGCUCCCGGUGGAGUAUAGGGGCAGGUUUAAAGUGCUGGUUUUGACCUUUAAAGCCCUAUACGGCCUGGGACCCUUGUUCCUACGGGAACGCCUCUCCUGGUAUGUCCCACAGAGGACCUUACCAUAUAGCAUAUAUUUCUAGUUACAGGUAGGUAGCCGUGUUGGUCUGUCAUAGUCGAAACAAAAUAAAAAAAAAUCCUUCCAGUAGCACCUUAGAGACCAACUAAGUUUGUUAUUGGUAUGAGCUUUUGUGUGCAUGCGCAUGUAUCUGAAGAAGUGUGCAUGCACACGAAAGCUCAUACCAAUAACAAACUUAGUUGGUCUCUAAGGUGCUACUGGAAGGAAUUUUUUUAUUUUGUUUCGACAUAUAGCAUAUAUUCAACACAAAAAAACAGCGACAAUUUGUUGUUGGCAAAGGACAGCUGGACAUAUAAAGGGCCCCAUUAUCUUCAGUAGCUUAGGGCCUCAUCAAACCUAAAUCUGGCCCUGGUUGCACACAUGGGGAGCCAACACCGAGGAGGCCCUGUUCCAAUAUGAAUGGAGUGCAAGAGAGGAGGAGGAGGUGGUGGAGGAGGAGGGGGAAAGGAAGAAGAAGGAGGAGGAGGAGGAGGAGGAGACAUUCCAGGGACUAGCCUGCAUUAUCCCCCUCCUGGCUAACUUCCAAAGGGUACACCUAAUAUUAGCUUUCGUUCAGACUAUCAGCUGGUUUUUAGAAGUAUUCACCACACAUGCAAACACGAAAGAGUGAGGCGUGGAUUCUAAGUACAGUGGUGCCUUGCAAGACGAAAUUAAUCCGUUCCGCGAGUCUCUUCGUCUUGCGGUUUUUUCGUCUUGCGAAGCAUGGCUAUUAGCGGCUUAGCGGCUAUUAGAGGCUUAGCGGCUUAGCGGCUAUUAACGGCUUAGCGGCUUUAAGAAAAAGGAAACAAACUCGCAAGAACUCGCAAGACGUUUCAUCUUGCGAAGCAAGCCCAUAGGGAAAUUCAUCUUGCGGAACGACUCAAAAAACAGAAAACUCUUUCGUCUUGCGCGUUUUUCGUCUUGCGAGGCAUUCGUCUUGCGAGGUACCACUGUACCGAGGCUUCCCAAACUAAUUUCAUGUCCUUCCUGUUCAAAAAGCACAGAAAUGCAGUGUUCUGGCUCAUAAGCUCGACUUGGAAGGAGCUUGCGCUUGGAACCCCUCAGGCACUGAAAGUGGAAGGAUAAAAGAGAAGGCAGCAGCAAUCAGCCACAGCUCUAACCACUGGACAGAUGUUUCUGUUUGGUUUUUAUACAAUACUACGUAUCGAACUGGGAUGGGCAAAAUGAGAUUUCAAGGCAGGGGGCUACCAGCAGCAGGAUAAAUCUUCUGCCUGCACCUCCUUGGGCAAAGGAGUUUCUUACGAGCGCCAGAGUGACUAAGGCAACUAAAUCCGGCAGGCCCAUGUUUUGCUUUCAUGCUGGCCAAACCCAUCGUUUUUCUCUUUUUUUAAAAAAAAUAAAAAAUAAAUCCAAAAUGCCCUGAAAACUGACAAGAAGCAGAAACAUGGCAAUCAAACCUUGCCAAACGGAUGCGUUCCCUGAGAGGCCAUGAAAAUCUAAUCUCUGUUUGUUUUCCAGCCGUUGUUCCGCUCUGUGUGUCAGAUGUUCCGAGUCAGCGUCGACGAGCGAAAAGCAGCCAGACGCAGUUAAAAAAACAAAACACGUUGUCAUCUCAGAACUGCAGUUUGAAUGUCUCCUAGUGCUUUGAAAACCUUUUAUCGCCUCACAACCACCUGUUCCCACAACACGGAGCAGUUUAACGAUAGCAGUCGUAUAUUAACAUUUCUACCCGCCCAUCCCUCAGUGCAAGACAGAAAAGGGGAAAUUCCUUUUCUUUUUCAACUAUAGCAAUGGAAUGCACUGAAGUAUAGUGUUUUGAAAGCACCCAAGUCAUGCUGUCUCUGCAUGCAAGGAUCCUUUUCCAUGUAUUCUGGAUGAAGUUCUCAAGGACAGCUGAGUAUGAAUUUUGGUCUGUUGUAUGAAAGCAACAGCCUAUCUAGUCAUACCAGUGUUAGAAACUCAGAUAUACAGUGGUACCUCGGGUUACAUACACUUUAGGUUACAUACGCUUCAGGUUACAGAUGCUGCUAACCCAGAAAUAGUGCUUCAGGUUAAGAACUUUGCUUCAGGAUGAGAACAGAAAUCGUGCUCCGGCGGCAUGGCAGCAGCGGGAGGCCCCAUUAGCUAAAGUGGUACUUCAGUUUAAGAACAGUUUCAGGUUAAGAACGGACCUCCGGAACGAAUUAAGUUCUUAACCCGAGGUACCAUUGUAUAAGCUAAGGCACCAAAUGGCUCCUGAAACCAAGGUUAUGUCUGGUUGCCACUGGGGGGUGGGCAAGACAGCUCUAAAGUCUUAUUUUUCAAAUGAUUGACUGUGAUUGAUUUGCAGUUAAAUAUCUGGCUAGUUUAGAUGGUAGACGAGCUAGGUUAGAACUUUGGAAACUCAAAGAAGAAAAGCUAGUUUAUCCUGUCCACCUAUCUAUUGGCCUAUUAUUCUAACCUCUUUUUUUCUUAAUGGUGACACAGACCAUUCAUAAUGUAGGGAUAUUCUUCACAACUUUGAGCAGGGCAGUGAGGUGGGCUAAAUGAAGACAAGCUACAACAAUUAAUGAUAACUUUCUUCACUGCUCCUGCUCAGGCUGCACGGAAAAAGCAUUCUGGGUUCCUGUGUGGAGAAGGGCUUUCUUUCACGCAUUCGCUUUGUACUACAUAUUAGAAUCUUACUUCAUAGACCUAUAAACGCAACACGUGUGCUGAAUCACCAGGGAGUUUUCACCUUUUCAAAGAAGUGGGUGUGUAGAGUCUUAAGUGGCUUGCUAUACUAGAAUUUAAACUAGGCCGACAAUAAAUGAAAUAAAAAUAGACUUGCAAAGGAAUCAAGUUGUCUGUACAGUGGUACCUUGGUUCUCAAAUGCCUUGGUACUCAAACAACUUUGAAUCCUAACACUGGAAACUUGGAAGUAAGUGUUCCAGUUUGUGAACUUUUUUCAGAAGCCGAACAUGCUCUGUUUUGAGUGUUACGCUUCCGUUUUGAGUGUUACUCUGAGGUCUGUCUGUUUUUGCUAUUUAUUUUGCAUUUUUGUUUUUGUGUCUCUCUUUUUUUGUUUUGUUUUUUUGUGACUGUGUGGAACCCAGUUCAGCUACUGAUUUAUUGAUUGAUUGUAUGCCUGCAGUACAUUGUUUAUUGCUUUCAUUUUAUGGAUCAAUGGUCUCGUUAGAUAGUAAAAUUCAUGUUAAAUUGCUGUUUUAGGGGUUGUUUGUCUGGAACAGAUGAAUCCAUUUUGCAUUACUUUCUAUGGGAAAGCGCGCCUUGGUUUUGGAAUGCUUUGGUUUUGGAGCAGACUUCUGGAACAGAUUAAGUUUGAGAACCAAGGUACCACUGUAAUUGCAAACAUCCCCACAGAAAGAUGUGCCUUGGUAGUGUACUGUUGUAGCUGGGAUAGAUCUUCAGAGUGGUGUUUGAUUGAGUAAAUGAGCUGGGAAUUCCAUAUAAACAACAUCAGCAUCUUCAUGAAUUUAAAAGGUAAAGGUAAAGGACCCCUGAAAGUUAAGUCCAGUCGCAGCCGACUCUGGGGUUGCGGCGCUCAUCUCGCUCUAUAGGCCGAGGGAGCCGGCGUUUGUCUGCAGACAGUUUUUCUGUGUUGUGGCCAGCAUGACUAAGCCGCUUCUGGUGCAACGGAACACCAAAACUAGAGCACCGUUUACCUUCCCACUGGAGCGGUACCUAUUUAUCUACUUGCACUUUUUGGCAUGCUUUCGAACUGCUAGGUUGGCAGGUGCUGGGACCAAGCAACAGGAGCUUACCGCGUUUCGGGGAUUUGAACCGCUGACCUUCUGAUCGGCAAGCCCAAGAGGCUCAGUGGUUUAGACCACAUGAUUUUAGGACAGAGCAAAAAACUGGGAGGUCUUGGAUUAAUGCCUCAAGAGAUGCAAACUGUUUAAAAAUAUCUAUAUCUAUAGCUACCUUUUUGGUGUCUGCCUCCCUGAAAGUUUAAAUCCUGAAAGGUGCCACGGGAAUUUUCCAAAAUAAAUCUCUGUGUUGUGGUUCUGUCAGCCAAACAACCGCUUUCAGACAGGCCGAUCUGCUUCUGUCAUCUUGUCUUUCCUCUGUGUGUGUUCAGAAGAAGAAAUCCUGACUCUGCAGUGUUGGAGACAAGCAAGCCUGUUGCAUGAUCUCUCUUUGACAGACCCGCCCAAUCUUGGCCCAUUUAGUACAGGGUGGAGAGAGAGAGAGAGAGAGAGAGAAAGAGAAUGUGUAUGCUGGACAGAAUCGAUUGCAUUUGGAAAGCAGGAACUAUUAUAUUUUCCCUUUGGCAAUCGUUUCUGCAUAGGUUUGAAGAAUUCCUGCUUGCUUUGGCUGCCAAAUUCCUACAGCGAGCUACAAGUACUCCCCAUCUGUUUGCAUGUACAGUGGUACCUCGGGUUACAUACGCUUCAGGUUACAUAUGCUUCAGGUUACAUACGCUUCAGGUUACAGACUCCGCUAACCCAGAAAUAGUGCUUCAGGUUAAGAACUUUGCUUCAGGAUGAGAACAUAAAUUGUGCUCCAGCGGCGCGGCAACAGCAGGAGGCCCCAUUAGCUAAAGUGGUGCUUCAGGUUAAGAACAGUUUCAGGUUAAGAACGAACCUCCGGAACGAAUUAAGUACUUAACCCGAGGUACCAGUGUAUUUUCACUUGCUAGAAGGGUUGUGCCACAAUAACCAUACCAGAUAUUCAGGAAGGCUUGGUUCUCCUCGUGGUUUUGUCUUUCCCGCUCCUCUUUGGCAACUGCUUUGGAGCUUCUUCUUUUUUUUACAAUCAAGUAGUGUUAUGAAAUACCUAAGUUGAUCAAAGAUUGUUUUGCCUAUUAAUAAAAUGCAGUAGUCUUAACUGGGAGCGAUGAGGUAUCUGAAAGUCUCAGAACACAAUUGGAAAAGGCUGGAGGUUUCUGUGCAGGGACUGAGAAAGAAGCAGUGCCCAGUGACAUGAUAAUUUUGUCUUUGUCCUCCACCGAUUACUCCAUCUCGUGCUCCAUCAUAUGGAUGGUUUAUUUUAUUUUAGUAUUCGAAUUUAUUGCACGGUCUACGUGGCUAGGCGCCGAGACCUAAAUUGGGAACAGUGAGUGUAACGUUUUGUUUGAAUCUCAAAGGCAGGGGUUUGUUCAGCCUGUUAGCCAGCAGAACAUCGUGAGUUAGUAAACAUUUGCUUUUCCCUUCCUUUUUUAUGAUGGCAUAUGGAAGCUGUUCCUAUCUAGAGGCCUGCCAGAACCGCUUCCAACGCUCAGAUGAAUGGAGAUGCUUGCAUCCCUCAACUAUCAUUCCACAGGCCUGGCGUAAGCGAGACAGCUGGCUUGGAUAGACCUCUUGGGAUAAGUCACAGGGGCGUGAAGGCAGCGUUGCCAUCUGUGCGACGGAUCAUUCCGCGUUUCCUCGCAGCUUCUCUCUCUGUGUUCUACAAACUUUGCAAGGCUUUAGCUCGGGGGUGGGAAACAAUUUAUUUGUGGGGGGGUGGGGUGGAUGUGGCCAGAGGCAAAAGUGGGCAGAAGAACGAGUGUAAAUUUCACCUUUGUACGUUAGGCUGGUUUAUACACACACACACACACACACACACACACACACAUUUCCACCACCCUGGCUAGCAAGCUGCAUUGUCAGUGUUCAAGGAUGAAGGCUGGUGUCAUUGUGGAUGCCUUUAUAAAAAGUGAAUGAAGAUAAUAAUUUGUCUGUCUGUCUGUCUGCCUGUUUGCUUGCUUGCUUGCUGCCCAUCUGACUGGGUUUCCCCAACCACUGUGGGUGGCUUCCAGUAAAUUAUAAAACCACAAUAACGCCUCAAACAUAAAAAACUUCCCUAUACAUGGCUGCCUUCAGAUGUCUUCUAAAAGUAAAAUAUUUGUUUAUCUCCUUGACAUCUGAUGGUAGGGCAUUCCACCGGGAGGGUGCCACUACCGAGAAGGCCCUCUGCCUGGUUCCCUGUAACUUUGCUUCUCACCGUGAGGGAACCGCCAGAAGGCCCUCGGCGCUGGACCUCAGUGUCCGGGCUGAAUGAUGGGGGUGGAGAUGCUCCUUCAGGUAUACUGGGCCGAGGCCGUUUAAGCCUUAUUAGGCUUAAAGUGUGACAAUAAAGAGACCUUUCUCUUCUCUUUCCUCCCUUUGACCCAGAUGGAGGCAACUAUGACUUGGUCAGUGACACGUCCAGCCCAGCCGCUGGGGACUGCCACCCUCGACGGAGCUGCGGAGGACAAAAUUGGGAAAUGAACUACCAGGAGUCGGCAAUUUACCUCCAGGUGGGCCCUUUUCUUUGCAUUAGCUGGCAGAGAAAGGAGAGGGUGUAAAUUAAGAGGGUGUAUGGCUGACAAACUGAAUUCCACCUUACAAUUCCACCACCUAUGAUCAAAGGUGCCUUCUUUUCCUUUACAUUUCGAGCAUACAUUUGAGCAUGUUUUAUACAUAAAGGAAGUAUUUUCUUUUAUCUUCCAAUGUUCAUCUUCACGGGCUGCCUACAAGUUGUAGCGUUAUCAGAUAAGGAGAAAAGCUUUUUUUUGUUCACCUCACAAAGUGGUCUGCCAAGACCCUCAUGUGGUCCAUAUGGAAGAAAGGUUUUGGGAACCGCUGACUUACCUACUACAUUGGGCUUGCUGUCUCUAGCGUAUUUAUGUGUGUGUGGAUUUUGUUGAUUAAAACCCUAAAUCAGGAAGGAGAAAACAACGACAAAUUCUUCACGCACCCCAAGGAUGCCAAAGCGCUCUCUGCCUACCUCUUUGUACACAACCAUCCCUUCUACCUAAUGGAACUGACCACGGCACUGAUGCUCCUGAUGCUCUCCCUCUGCGAGGCGCCUGCGGUCCCCAUGCUUCGCCUUGGCAUCUAUGUAAGUAUCUUAAGAAUUGGGUUGAGGGGAAGGACUUUAGUGGACGUGGGCAGGAAAUUGAAGAUUGGCUAUGCAAUGCAAUUUACGGGCCAAUGCAGCUGCUGGUGGAAUCUAGACACAUUUAAAAAAAGUUGUGAAAAUGCUUUAAAAAACACCCCACGUUUUGAAAAAUAUAUUGAAUUUGCCAUAACUCACCGUUGCCAUCUGGUGUCACAUUUGUGUAAUGCACUUUUCAACACACUUAAAAUGUUUUUAUUUGCAGCUGUAUAGCUGAGGCUGUUCUGUCUGUAUCUUCGAACCAUGUUUAUUCGUAAAAUUUGGGUGAUAUACAGGGGUACAGUGUAACUAAAGGAUCUUGUGUUCCCAAAUAUUUCGCUUCGGAGCAUAGAGAACAACUCCUUCUUGGUGUUCUUCCUGCACACCUUCUCCAGAGUGACCCUAGGAACCCAUCCUCUGUGGCCGACUCAACUCCUUUCUAAUUAUUUUCAGCCUCCCAUCUGCCAACAGCUGCUGUUUGAAUAAAAAAAAACUGGCGUGUUAAAUGCAGGACAACAUUUAACAACAAUGAUACCCGACUCACCCGACUGGGUUGCCCCAGCCACUCUGUGUGGCUCCCAGCAUAAUAUAAAAACACAGUAAUACAUCAAACAUUAAAAGCUUCCCAGUGCAGGGCUGCUUUCAGAUGUCUUUGGAAAGCUAUGUAGUUGUUUCCUUGACAUCUGAUGGGAGGGCAUUCCACAGGGUGGGUGCCACUACCAAGAAGGCCCUCUGCCUGGUUCCCUGUAACUUCACUUCUCACAGUGAGGGAACCGCCAGAAGGCCCUCAGUGUCUGGGCUGAAUGAUGGGAGUAGAGAUGCUGUUUCAGGUAUACAGGGUUGCAUUUAACAUUGCAUGUAGUUUGGUCUUCUAAAAAUGGAAAGGAUAAUUCACAUUGCUAAUAUAUAUCAAUGUUUUCCAGCUCUGGUGGUGGGGGUGGGGAAGAACAGAUUUCCGCAGAAUGAUGGAUUUCUACUUGAGCGCUAGGUUUUGACAAAUUUAAAUUUGUGAAACGACAAAGGCAGUUUGUUGAACUGUUGUUGUUCUUUGCCUGCCUGGUUACAGAUCCACGCGACCUUGGAGCUGCUUGCCCUGACUGUCGUGGUGUUUGAGCUCUCUAUGAAGAUGAGAUGGCUGGGCCUUCACACCUACAUUCGACACAAAAGGACCAUGGUCAAGGUAGACUGCUGGUAACCUUCUCGCGUAACUGACCUGCACUGUUGCAGGAACCAGAGUGCAACCCUCUGCAACAUUUUAUUUAUUUUUUAACUCAAAAGCAAAUCCCACUCUUCCCCCACCUUCCCUUUUAAUUUAGGCAGUGUAUUGCCUUCUAAAUCAGUAUAGUGGUACCUUGGUUCUCAAAUGCCUUGGUACUCAGACAACUUGGAACCCAAACAUUGCAAACCCGGAAGUAAGUGUUCCGGUUUGCAAACUUUUUUCGGAAGCCAAACGUACUCCGUUUUGAGUUUUAUGCUUCUGAUUUGAGUGCCACGCUUCCGUUUUGAGUGUUACGCUGAGGUCUGUCUGCUUUUGCUAUUUAUUUUGCAUUUUUGCAGCUUUUUUGUUUUGUUUCUGUGAUUGUGGAACCCAUUUGAGCUACUGAUUGAUUGAUUGUGCGACUGCAGUACGUUGUUUAUUGCUUUCAUUUUAUGGAUCAAUGGUCUCAUUAGAUAGUAAAAUUCAUGUUAAAUGGCUGUUUUAGGGGUUGUUUUUAAAAGUCUGGAAUGGAUGAAUCUGUUUUGUAUUACUUUCUAUGGGAAAGCACGCCUUGGUUUUGGAACGCUUUGGUUUUGGAACGGACUUCUGGAACGGAUUAAGUUUGAGAACCAAGGGGCCACUGUAUCUCAGUUAAGCAUGAGAAUAAGAAAUACCUUUAAAACAAGACUAAAACCCCAACAGUGGUAAAGAUCCAUUCAUCCAGCUUCAAAAGCCUGUUGGAACAAAAAAUGUCUCCAACUGUUUCUGGAAAGUGCAGCUAGCGGGAGCUUGUUGUAUCUUGAUAGGAAUACUGUUCCUGUAGCCUGGAUCUGUCAGUUGCUUCGGAGCCAUAUGGUUUGGCAAUUUGGGGAGGGAUAUGUGUGUGUGUGUGUGUGUGUGUUGGCAAGAUGUCCCAUGCCCCGUCCUUCUGAAUCUUGUCUUAUCUGAACUAGCCAUUUGCAUCUGCAGCUCUUUCUGUUCCUACUGAUGUUGAUGGGUUACUCUGCAGAGCAAAAGGUGGUUUCUGAUUACGAUUAUCAGUUUUAGGUCCAGCCUUUUACUGUCAUCUUUGGGGACUCUUUGUUAUCGUGCAUACCCACCCUCCCAAACAACUGCAACCUUACUUUUGGCCAAUUAUUUUCAAUAGAUGCUACUUUUUUCUCUGGCUUUGUUUAUUACUGUAUCAGAGGAACUUAUACUGAGCCAGACCGUUGGUCCACCUAGCUCAAAUGUUGUCUACACUGGCUGGCAGCUGCUCUCCAGGUUUCCAGAUAGCGAGUCUCUCCACAAUGCCAGGGAUCGAACCUGGAACCUUGAGACGCUGACCUUUCCUCAAUUAUGUACCGUAUUUUUCGCUCUAUAGGAUGCACCGGAUCAUAGGAGGGGGAGAACAGGAAAAAAAAUUUUUUUUCUUGUUCUCUGCCUCUAAAACAAGGUGCGUUCUGUGCGUUCAAGGUGCGUUCACCCGAAGCCUCCAGAGGCUUUGGGUUCCUUUCGACCUGCUCUUUGGGGCUGGUGGGGGGAAGCGCUGCUUUCCCCCACUGCCAGCCUCCAAACCAGGUCGGGGAGCAGCGUGAAGGCGUCGUACGCCUUCCCGCUGCCCCCAGAGCUUGUGGGACUGGUGUUGCUGCCUUCCCCCCACCUUCGUACAGCCUCCGUAGCCUCCGCAGGGCAGUGGGGUGAAGGCACCCCGCUGACCUGCAGAGGCUUUGUGCAGCUAACCCCAAGCUAGAACAGCGAGACACAGCGCUGUGCAACAGUAUAUGUCCUGGGGUAAAAUUGUAAAAAAAAGCUCAACAACUUUGGUUGGCCCUCAGGCAUGUUCACCUCAUCAAAUCUGGCCCUCUUUUGAAAAAGUUUGGGCACCCCUGAGUAGGGUCUUUGUUGAACUUAGGUUUCAACAGAUGCCUUCAGUGCACUUAGAGGAGAGAAACCUUGGAAUAGCUCCUAUGGAACGGAAAUGCAUUGUAGUGCAGUGUAAUCAGGUUAAGAAUAUCAUACACUAUUUGUUGAUGUGCCCAGAGAAUUUUUUUAAUCUCCUAUUCUUAAUUGGUUCUCAGACCGAACCCCCCAGGAAGUGAUAGUUGAACUCUUCGCUGAUAAAUAUCCACAAAUUAUGCACCUGGUAGCCAAAUUAUCUCUGGCAGCUAAGAAGCUUUGCUCCAGUUAAUGCAUUGUAAUUCAAACAUUUUAUGUUAUAAUUUGUUAUGCUGUACACUUUUACUCUGUAGACGUUCUAGGUUAUAUGUGUGUUUUCAGAACCCACCCUAUUCCUGCGAUACUGAUUUGUUUAAACCUUUUUUUUUAUUCUGAACUUUGACUUGUUGUAGCCCGGCAUGGGACCUGCUGGUGAAGGGCAGGUAAUAAAUUUUAUUGCCACCAUCUCUUGUCUUGUUUCCUUGCAGAGCUGUGUUCUGUUGCUGCAGUUUAUAGAGGCAAUUGUGGUGUUGGUGCGUCAGACAUCCCAUGUCCGGAUCACGAGAGCCUUGCGAUGCAUCUUUCUGGUGGACUGCCGUUACUGUGGAGCUGUCAGAAGGUAAUGGGCUGGCUGGCCUCCGUUGAACUCUGUGUAGCACUCCUGGCCAUAGCUGUCAACUUUUCCCUUUUCUUGCAAGGAAUCCUAUUCAGAAUAAGGGAAUUUCCCUUAAAAAAAGGGAAACGUUGACAGCUAGGGUUGGGCAUGGAGAUGGGAAGGCCUGGAAAAAAGCUGGAAAAAUUGGGGGGGAAACAGGUUUCUCCCUGUUUUUUUUUCUGCCCCCCCCCAAUACCUUUUUUCCCAGAAAAAUUGGAGAAAAAAAAUCAGUUUGAUAUAGUUUGAAUAUUCCACCCCCUCCCCCCAAUUUUUCUGGGGGGAAAAAGGCUUUGGAAAAAGAAUGGGGGCAAAACCUCCCCCCCCCCCAAUUUUCUGGUUUUUCUCCAGGCCUUCCCAUAAUCUGGUUUUCAGCAUCACAAUAUAUCACCAGCUAAACAUCGUGAUGUACCAAUAUUUCACAAUGUCUGAAAUAAGGAUGGGGCUAUGUAGAGGCACAAAGGGAAAAACCAAGGGUCCUGCAGACAUUGUUGAACUACAACUCCCACUAUCCCUGUUUAUUUGCUGUGCAGACUUGGGCUGAUGAGUGUCAGAGUCCAACCACAACUGGAGGCACCCCACUGGCUGCCCUUGUCGUACAAGCAUGGAAAGGGAUAUUAAGGAAGAACGUUUUCCUUUGAGCCAACUCCUGAUUCAACUUUCAUUUCAGGAACCUACGACAGAUUUUCCAGUCUCUUCCUCCGUUCAUUGACAUCCUCCUGCUGCUGCUUUUCUUCAUGGUCAUCUUUGCUAUCCUUGGUGUGUACCUUUAAGAGUUAUCUGUUCACAAGCAGUUUCGCCCUCACAGACGCUUUCAGCAAAGAAGGCAGCACUGUGUCAGACAGGGACAGGCUGCCAAGCAAAUAACGUCUUUGCCAAGGUGAAAACAGGUUUGGGGAUGGGGACAGAAGAUGGUGUAAGAGGCCGAAGCUAAGGAGCUCAGGUCAGCAAACAGAUAACAGUGUGUGGUUUUUAAAAAACAUUCUAGAACAGUUAAACAGUCUAAAAACCAUUGCCUUUAAAAGCAUCUUAAAUCAGUUUCAGAUAAAAACAUUCUAAAAGCAAUUACAGUUAAAAGCAGGCUUCCAUCCAACAAUUUCGGGGUGGCCAGCGGUAUUCUUGAGCCACCAAACGCCUGGGUAAACAGGCGUGUUUUCAAAUUCCUUCUGAAGGUUAGUAAUGAUGGAGAUGUGGGAAUGUUCAGGAUGGCAGGAGAGGAUAUAUUGUUUAUUAAUAUCCUUCCUAACUUGCGCUAGCAAGUUCCUUUAUAUAGCAUAGUUACAUUCCCCUUUUUACAUGAACAGCAGAUAGCUGGUUGCAGGCUCGUGUGAGCCUCUCACCAUUAUCCCAUUCAAUCUGUCUUCAGAUUGAAUUGUACGUUCCUGGUAAGUUCCCUUGAAUCCCUCUUAGAAGAAUAGAGAUGCAACAAUCUUAUUCAAAGUCAAUAAAAAAAGUUUACUCACAUCAGUUCACAGUUGGAUUCUUGAAGGCAGACUUAGUUACAAAUAUGUAUAUAUCUACCCCAUAUAGAGGAAUAAUCCCAGUGCUUCUGCUAGCUGAGAGCUAGCAGAGCAGUCCUAGCUAAAAGCUGAUCAAACGAAGAAGGAAGUCAAAAAGAAGGGAAGGGUGCUGCGUGACUCGUGCUUUUGUUACCUGGACAGGUUAGGUCACACCUACCUUCUAUCACAUGCAACAGGAAGGAUGCUCCAGCCCAGGAGGAACAGGAAGUUUCAACUGGCUGGACCAAACAAUCCCUCGCAUGUUUUCUCUAGCAUUACAAGGAAUGUUGUACUUGACUGCCUCUCAUGGACCACAUCCCACAGGAGACAGGGCACCUCCCUGAAAAGGGCAUUCCACAAGCCAAGGAACCCUGUCGUGGGCCUGCAUGGGAAAUAGGUUCCACAAAGUGUGUGCUGAUUGGCAAGAACUCUCCUAUUGUGGGCCAGAACCAACCGGGCCGCACCUGGUGGGUGGCACUGCUAACAAGGUGUCAAAAUAAACUUAACGCAGGCCAGCUAGAUGAGACUCAUUAAAAUGAUGGUGCAACAUUGCUUCUGCUUGGCAGCUGGUUGAAUGUCCCAUUUAUGCCUUCAUCAUUUUGAUGCUUGUUUUUUCUCUCUCUCUCUCUUCUCCCCCUUUCUCCCUAGGCUUUUAUUUGUUCUCUCCUAACAAGUCUGAUCCUGUAAGUAAAGCAUCAAUUCGUGGGCUCUUGAAGGUUUGAUCUUUGGGGUUUUUUUGCAAAGCAUGACAGGCAGGCGUCAAUUGGCAACUGUCUGCAACUCUUGGCUGUGGCCUCCGUGGAUGGGGAAGGGCAGAGUUGCCAUCCUGCCUGAAACAAGGUGGCAGCAGCUGUCCCUUUUGCGGCCAGAGGGUCUUCUAAUUAGGGAAGGAAGCUCUUGCUGCUGCUCUUGCAUUUUUGUAGGGGACUUCCCUGCAAUUUGCAUUGGAAACAAACUCCAUGGGGAUUGUUAUAAACACAGCCUCUAAGGGAGCCCUUGGAAGCAAUGUGUUGUUUUAUGAUUCAGGACAUGUUGUGCGACAACAAUCAGCAGUAGUUCCGUCAUCUCAUAGAUGUUCUUCUUCUGCAGUAUUUCAGCACCUUAGAGAACAGCCUUGUGAAUCUUUUCGUUCUACUGACUACAGCGAAGUAAGUUGCUUGAGCUCGAGAAAUGUUUCUUAAGUCACAUGUUAUUUAAAGCACAUGACUAACAGUUGCGGCUCGCCCCCCCCCAAAGAAUCCUGGGACCUGAACAUUCUUUUAAAGCCAUCUAAGUCGGUGACUAUCAGUCACCUCCUGUGGCAGUGAGUUCCAUAGUUUAAGUUUGCACUGCCGUGAAUCUCCCAGCAAACGAUUCCCAAGUCACGCAUGCUUGGGAAUAAGCUCCAUCAAAAUAAGUUCUUUCUUUUAUCCAACCUGAAUCUUCCAAUGCUCAGUUUCAUUGGAAGUCCCUGAGUUCUAACAUUAUGAGAGAGGUAGAAAACCCUUUUUCUUCCCAGUUUCUUCAUGCUGUAUAUAAUCUUAACAGACUUCUGUUGUGUCACCUCUUACUUGACUGCUCUCUAAACUAAAGGGGUUGUUUGUUAAGCGUGCUGGGAAUUGUAGCUUUGCGAGGGAACAAGCUACACCUUCCAUGACUUACUGUGAAUAAACUAGAUUAUCUCUCUUUUGGGUUGCAGUUUCCCAGAUGUGAUGAUGCCCUCUUAUGCCAGAAGCUCCUGGUCCUGUGUCUUUUUUAUCGUGUAUCUUUCCAUUGAGCUGUACUUCAUUAUGAAUUUGGUAAGUCCAUCUUCUUUGUCCACCACCGUUGAGCUUCCAGUUGGCCACUCUCUUCAGAACAGGGAUGAGGGACAUUUUGGCCCAUCACAUGUUGCUGAACUACAAUUCCCAUCUGUGCCUCCCCCCACAUCAAGAAUGGCUAAUGGUCAGGCAUGAUGGGUGUUGCAGUUCAGCAACUUCUGGAGGGCCAAAGGUUCACCACACCUCCUUUAGAACAACUGUUCUUUCCAGACUUGCCGUGAUUUCGUGGUGCUUAACUGCAAAAGUCGGGGGCAGCCUUUGAUCUUUGGAAUAGCUGCAACUUCCAAAGCGGAGCGGUGUUCACCUGCAGAAGCGAAAAUGAGGGCGUUUUGUAGCAUCAUAAAGAUGAGCACACUUUGUUUGGCCUAUGCUUUUGCGAACUAGAUUCAUCUCCAAGUAUCUAGUCCAUGAGGGGUUAUGCUGUAAUGAAUUUGCAGGCCUUGGUGCCACAAGACUCUUUGUCAUAUAGCUACUCCUGGAUUUUUGUUUUAUGAAUAGGGCCCAUUUCCUCAUUUUUUGAUACUUUUUAUUUCAUGCAAAUAUUCCAGCAAAGUCUGUCAUCAUACACUGCUUAUUUUUGAACUGUUAGGAUUUACCAGGUGCCCUCAGAAUCCAGCAUGCUUGCCUUCCUUCCUUCCUUCCUUCCUUCCUUCCUUCCUUCCUUCCUGGGAUAACGGUGGCUUUCCAUCAUGGAGCUUCUCUGGGAGGUUCCCCUUCAAGUAUUCUUCAGCCACCCAACUGCCUGAUUUGAUUUUUUUUAAAUCAUUGAUUUCUAUCCACCCUGCUCAAAGUUCUUCCUGUUCUGUUGAUCAAUGGCUCGUUGCUGAUUAAUGGGGAAAAGUUCCUUCUUAAGGUGCUCCUUCCAUCACAUUCUGGUGCUGUGUGGAACUUGACAGCUGCCAGUUGCAGACUGUAGUUAGACUUCUCCUCCCGCCCCUCUUUGUUUAGCUACUCGCCGUUGUGUUUGAUACUUUCAAUGAUAUUGAAAAGAAGAAGUUCAGAUCACUGCUGCUUCACAAGCGCACAGCCAUACAACACGCCUACCAACUGCUUGUCAGCAAACAGGUAUGUGGCUCUCUGCAUGUUUGCAUGCGUGUGCAUGUGAACAAGGUAACCGUUCUUUGUCUGUGGCAGUCAGCACUUUUGCUAAGUACCACUGCUCUUAUAAGCUUUGAGUGUUCCAGGAAUCUGGUGCUUUCAGUGAUCUGAAGCUCCAGGGUCCUCAUGGAUCUCAAUAUAUACAGAAGGGUAUAUUUUACCCUGCUGAUGAUGCUCAUCGACUGAUAAGGCUGACAUCAAGGCAAUAUAGUCAAUAAAACAGUCAAUAAAAGAUAAAAUCAGAGCAGUUUCUAAAAGUGUCAUUACAGCCAAGAUUACUAAAAAAAAGUUUUUUAAUCCAUCGCAGAAAAAUCUGCAUUAAAAUCCUUCAAAAACAAAAAAGGUUGUCACAUUGUGCAGCAAAUGAAAAAAAAAACCUUAUUAGAAAACAUGCAGGUGAAUGUUCUGUUGAUAGAAAAACUGUUGUAACUGGCAUAUCAGUUGUGUUGCCAAAAUAUACAAACAGCCAUUGGAUUUCUUGCUAGAUUUGGUCUCUUCAUGUGCACUUCUGUUGAGCGCCUGAUAAUGUUCCACUUCAUUUAUACUUAAAAAAGAGAGAAAGAGCACUUAUUUAUUUAGCUUUUAUAAGCAUUCAAACAGUAAGCGUAACAGAUCAGUCUGAUAGGCAAUUACAAGAAAUCAGUAUCAUUGAUAUAUGCACAGGGUCAUUACAGUAAGGUAGCACAAGGAACUACGCAUUUAGAUCUGGGAACGAAAUAGAAGAUAAUAUGUUUAACCCAAAAACUCCCUUUAUGUUUGAUAAACAGUGUCUUUUAUCGUUGGUCUCAAUAGUACACGCAGUCCUCCGUGAGCAGAGUGUUUAGGUGUGUGCCUUUCUAUCGUGAUGUCUUUGGCUGGUUGGAUGCUGUGGAAUGAUGGGAGGAACCAGCUGGGGAAAGAAGACUCAGAGCCAGGGGAUUGGUGGUGGGACAAUGAUGAGUGGUCAGAGGGAGAAGAGAGAGCAGACAGGGAGGAGGAGGAGAUAUCGGACACCGAAGAGGCAACAGGGUUUAGUGAGCAGGAAGAGUCUGUGGCAGAGAGCAAUUCAGAAUCAGAGGCAGAAGAGGAGGCUGGAGAGGAGGGAGGCCAAGAGGCAGAGAUGAGGAAGGCUGCUGGAGAAGCCAGGGAGUCUCCCCCUCCUGCUGCAACCAGCUUCCCUCUUCCCUGGUCUCCCAGAACCAAAGGAGGUAUGAAGAGGGUGGAGCAAAGACAGGCUAGAGGAAGGAGCCUCAAAUUGCUUGGGAAGGAACUGGGGGAGGAGGAGACUUUGGGAACACUGGGAAGGUGGGGACCUUCAGCCCUUGCAACUGCCUCAUUGGGGCAAGAGCCACUGAGAAGGUUUGCUGUGCUCAAUAGGCCUAGCUUCCUGAGCUGCCUUGUUUCUUUGAAUAAAGAGUUAACUUCACUGAAGACGUGUGAGUCCUUGCGGACCUGCUCCUGGCAACCGCUCCUGUCGCCUGACCUGAUUCUGAACACGGAGGGCAUAUUGCCUUGCACAUAUUAUCCUCCAGUUUCAUUCCCUGGCUGUAAAUGGAAGGCAGAUUGAGAAGUUUCUGUGGGCAACUCACUUAGGGAAAUCCUUUUCUCCCUUCUAGAGACCUUCUGGAAUCUCCUUCAAGCAGUUUGAUGGGCUGAUGCGGUUUUAUAAACCUCGGAUGAGCGCUCGAGACCGUUACCUUACCUUCAAAGCACUGAAUCAAAGCAAUACCCCUUUAGUCAGGUGGGGACCCCUCUAUUUGUGUCAGGUGGUAGGGGUGGGGCAAAGGGGUGGGGGUUAACUGAGAAGAGAAAUGGAUUCCAUGAAGAAUUAAAAGAGCAUCAAACACCCCUAAUUCUGAAACAAAGGAUGGUGUUCAACUAAGCUUUACUUGGCCUGGUAGCAAAUCGGCAACAAGUGCAGGUUUAUGAGCAGUAAUAUUAAUAUGCAGAUGGCCUAUGCGGUUACACAGUAGAAGCUUUCAUUGAGGUAGGGUAGAAUCUAGUUUUUGCAAAGUCUUAAUGAAAACUUGGGGGAGCUUCAGCCAAGAACUCUCAGGUCUUUGGACUGGAUAACUUAGUGAAGAAAUAACAACAACAACAACAACAACAACGAUACCCAUCUAACUGGGUUGCCCCAGCCAAUCCGGGCAGCUUCCAACAAAAUAUUAAAAACACAAUAAAACCGCAAACAUUAAAAACUUCCCUGUACGGGGCUACCUUCAGAUGUCUUCUUAAAGUCACAUAGUUUCAGAUAAACAACAACAAAUGGAAGGGCGUUGCACAGGGUGGGUGCUGCUACUGAGAAGGCCCUCUGCCUGGUUUCCUAUAUUUUCACUUCUCUCAGUGAGGGAACCAGCAGAAGGCCGUAGGUGCUGGAUCUUUGUCCAGGCUGAAUGAUGGGGGUGGAGAUGCUCCUUCAGGUACACAGGGCCGAGGCCAUUUAGGGCUUUAAAGGUCAGCACCAACACUUUGAAUUGUGCUCGGAAAUGUACUGCAAUGUGAUUUCACAUGAGCGAUGCCCUGAUUGUAAAAUCCAACUCUUAUAGAGGUCAAUCUUCUCUUUCAGUCUAAAGGAUAUGUACAAUUUCUAUGAAGUUGUUGGUUUAAAAUGGAAGGUAAGUGUUGUUGUUGUUUAUGGAUGUGGGGUAGCUAAGGAUGGGGGAGACAUUCUAUUCACUUCACAUUUGAAGGUGAAACCUACCGUAAUUGAUCAUCCUGAAACCAUAUGCAAAUUGAAACACAGCGAUCCUUUGAAAUUUCCACUUCUCUGAAUUUCACAGUGCCGAGUAAAACGUGUACAAAAAUGCAUAUACCAGGGUGAGGUGUCCACUGAAAAUAGCACGCAAACUGCAUGGUAUUAAAAGGAAUUGCUUUGCAAAAACGUGUACGUGAGGUAAAAAUCGCAUGCAAACAUAUAUUUUAGGAGAAAUUAACACCAAAUUGCUGGUGAAUUUUCACGAGGACUUAAAAAAACACAUUGCAGACUGAUGUGGAAAUGAGGAGAGCUGAAAAAUGAGGAACCGAGAGAGAAAGAAAUUGACAGAUUUGCCCAUUCUUAGGAAAGGGGAAGGAUAUGAGGGCACUGAUUUAUAUACUGUCAAAGAAGAGUUGUGUUGGUGGAGAUAGCGGAAACUCCUGGAAGAGGCGUCUUGUGCAGUUUUGUUUUAGCUUUUGUUACUGCCAAUAAUGCCACAAUGUGAAAACCAAGACAUCUUAAAUAAAGGCUGUUCUGUGGCCUGUUCCAUUUCUAGGCUAAAAGGAACCGGGAACAUUGGUUUGAUGAUCUUCCACGGACAGCGUUCCUUAUUUUUAAAGGUAAAGGCCUGGGGUUUCAGUGCCAAUGCAGCUGGAGGCCCUAGCGUGGUUAGAGUCUUGGACUAGGACCUGGGCCUCGAACCCCCACUCAGCCAUGUUGAAGUGGGUGACCUUGGCUCAGCCACUUGCUCUCAGCCUAAUCUACCUCACAAGAUUGUUGUGGGGACAAAAAAGAGCAGGGGAGGAGAACUAUGUACACCGCCUUGAGCACCUUGGAGGCAAUGCAAUGUAAUAAAUAAAGAAAUUUCCAAAGACAAGGCCCCCUCCCUAUGGCUUCUCAGGAGCUGCCUUCUCAUCCUAUAUGGGAAGAGGAACUGGCAGGAGUGGGUUCAAGCUCCUAGUAGUAGUAGUAGUAGUAGUAGUAGUAAUAAUUUAUUAUACCCCACUCAUCUGGCUGGGUUUCCCCAGCCAUUCUAGGGGGCUUCCAACAAGAGAUUAAAAAUACAUUAAAACAUCAGCCAUUAAAAAUUUCCCUAAACAGGGCUGCCUUCAGAUGUCUUCUAAACUUCAGAUAGUUGUUUAUUUCCUUGACAUCUGAUGGGAGGGCAUAUCACAGGGCGGGCACCACUACUGAGAAGGCCCUCUGCUGGUUCCCUGUAACUGCUUCUUGCAGUGAGGGAACUGCCAGAAGGCUCUGGAUCUCAAUGUCUGGGCUCAACGGUGGGAGUGGGGACGCUCCUUCAGGUAUACUGGGCCGAGGCUGUUUAGGGCUUUAAAGGUCAGCACCAACACUUUGAAUUGUGCUCGGAAACGUACUGGGAGCCAGUGCAGGUCUUACAGGACUGGUGUUAUAUGGUCUCGGCAGCCGGUCCCAGUCAGCAGUCUAGCUGCCGCAUUCUGGAUUAGUUGUAGUUUCCUGAUCACCUUCAAAAUUAGCCCCACAUAGAGCGCAUUGCAGUAGUCCAAGCGAGAGAUAACCAGAGCAUGCACCACUCUGACGAGACAGUCUGCAGGCAGGUAAGGUCUCAGCCUGCGUACCAGAUGGAGCUGGUAAACAGCUGCCCUGGACACAGAAUUGACCUGCGCCUCCAUAGACAGCUGUGAGUCCAGAAUGCAUCCCAGGCUGCGCACCUGGUCCUUUGGGAGCACAGUUGCCCCAUUCAGGACCAAGAUGGAUUCACAUCCCAAUUGUGAGUCAGUACAGGUGUUUUCCUCACCCAGCAACUAGCUCCCAAGUCUUUGUAUGAUUGCACUGUCUAGUGGGUUCCUGGAUGCAGCCCCAAAAUGUCAUAAGGAUAAGCUCUAAGCCUUUUUGAAUGUUCGCUUCAUCUUGAGAUGGCUUAUGCCAGGCUUUCCCAAACUUGGCUCUCCAGCUGUUGUUGGACUACAACUCCCAUCACCCCUAGCUGGCAGGACCAGUGGUCAGGGGUGAUGGGAAUUGUAGUUCAAAAACAGCUGGAGACCCAAAUUUGGGAAGCGCUUGCAGGUACAAUAGAUUUAGCAGUGCUGCAGACUAAGGUUCUUGUUUUUUAAACCCUAUGUAUGGAAAGUCGUAGUGGGAAGGAAGAGUUUGAAAUCGAGAUUCUAAACAUGUUUUCCCCUUAACACGUUCCUUCUUUCAACAGGCAUUAAUAUACUUGUGAAUUCCCGGGCCUUCCAGUAUGCCAUGUGUAAGUCUGAUGCCAACUCUUCAUUUCCCCCCAUUAGCUGCCCAGAAACGGAGUGUUCUCCAAGAAAAUUAAAUAUCCUAAACCUGCAGUAGCUUGUGGAGCUGUGUCCUUCAGAUGCCGCUAAGGGGUGUGGGAAUGGUAAUGCAAUAAAAUACAAUAUAUAAGAAAUAAGAUGCAAUUAAAAAUUGUACAGCUUCGAGCACAGUGCAUUACCAUUGCUAUAACAGGGAUAAAAAUCACGAAGGGAUCUGUCAAGGCCCUCAGAAAUUUUCAAGUGGACCAUGGAGGAAAAUAGUUUGGGAACUACUGCUCCAGAGCUCAACAGGGCUGGUGAGAAUCAGCUCGGCAAGUAGAUCAGUAGAAGCUCUUUUAAGAACUGGAGCCUGACUGUGCUUGUUUGAAAAAUUUAUUAACCACCUGUUGUCAAAUUAUUUCAGGGUAGUGUUUGCUGACCUCUUCCCUCCCCAUCUCUCUUUCCUUUUGUGUCAUGCUGUUUAGCCUUAGAGGGAAGGGGACUGCCUUGUUUUGCUAUACAGUGGUACCUUGGUUCUCAAACUUAAUUCGUUCCAGAAGUCCGCUCCAAAACCAAAGCAUUCCAAAACCAAGGCGUGCUUUCCUAUAGAAAGUAAUGCAAAAUGGAUUCAUCCGUUCUAGACUUUUAAAAACCCAUAAAACAGCAGUUUAACAUUAAUUUUCCUAUCUAACGAGAUCAUUGAUCCCUGAAAUGAAAGCAAUAGUCAAUGUCCUGUACUAUAAAAUAAAUAAGACAGCUUUGUAGAUGAUAAAAAUUAAAAUUAUUAUUAUUUUUUUACCUGCAAUGAUGAUAAUAGUCGUUAUUUGGAUGUGGGGCUUUUAUCCAUUUCCGCAUUCACACAAUCAAUCAAUCAAUCAAUCAGUAGCUGAUCUGGGUUCCAGACAGUCACAAAAACAAAUUAACUGAAAAAGCCUCAAAAACAAAAACGCAAAAUAAAUAGCAAAAACAAAAGCACCAAACUUAAUCUGUUCUGGAAGUCCAUUUGAUUUCCAUGUUCAAAAACCAAGACACAACUUCUGAUUGGUGCAGGCACCCUGGAAACAAUAGCCAACAACUGCAUCGGAUGUUUGGCUUCUGAAAAACGUUCGAAAACUGGAACACUUACUUCUGGGUUUUUGGCAUUUGGGAACCAAGGCAUUUGAGAACCAAGGUACCACUGUACUGAUCUUAUGUAUGCUGCUCUGGGGUCCUUGGGGGGGGGGCCUGAAGUGCUUUAAAAAAGCUUAAAAGCUAGGUUAAAAGUGCUUAAAACCAGUCAAAAUUUUGGUUCCUGUGUGAAGCAAUCCAAAGGUGACAUCUUAGCUGAAUCCAUGUGUUUGGAUGCUCUGUGCUGUGUCUGAAAGAUGGGCUGAUGGGGUUUUGUUGCGUUUUGUAGAUACUCUGUUGGCAGUGAACGGCCUCUGGAUCCUAGUGGAAACCUUUAUGUUGAGAGGUAUGGAAUAACACAGCUCUCUUCUGUUUGCUGACCCUCUUCCCUAUCAAGGUUUUAGUGCUCCCAUCUGAUAUGGUAUUUUCCCUCCCUCCCUCCCUCCCUCUCUCUCUGCUUUUUCAGAUGGGAUCUUCUCGCGAGAUGUCCCUUGGAGUUACAUUGUCUUCCUUACAAGUAAGUCUCGGCGCUCCCUGUUAUGAUCUCUGAAUAUACUCCUUCCAAACAUUUGUGCUUGUUGGGAUAUUUGUGUUCAUUUGUUUAAAAUAUGCAUAUAACACUAUUCAUUUAAAAAACAACAACCCCAGAGUGGUUUACAACAAUUAUGCAUAAAACCAUAGAACAAAAACCCUAUAAAAAAGUUAAAAUCCACACAACCUUUCGCCCCACAAAGGUCCACACUCUUAAAGCUCCUUUCUUUUUGUCCCAGAGCUUUCCCCACAAAAACGAGCUCUUUAAAGCUGCAGCACAACAAAUGAUAAUUGGGGUUUUCUCCAGAUAGUUGUUUGCUCCUUUUCAGCUUUAAAGAGCGGGUUUUCACGGUAAAAGCUCUGUUGCAAAAACAAGGUGCUAGGACACAGAGUUUUAAACUGUGAACCAUGCCUGGAAACACAGAGGGAAGGUAAGUGUGGAUACUGUUAUGGAAAGAUAUAUUCUUAAUUGCUUGCAAUAGAAAGUGUUCAUCAGACGUUUAAAAGUUUGCAUGGAAGGUGUCUGCUGAACCUCUAUUGGCAGAGCAUCACAUGAUACUGGGCCAGUUAUAUGAAAGGCUUGGUUUCUUGUUGUUGCGUGGCGAGUACCCGCCUCCCCCCUUGGAAAAUAAAGACACAAGACACAGCAUUUAAGGUUAAUGGGCGAAAAAGGCCACAACUUUAUUGAUUGCAGGAAUUGAGCGGUAUUGGCUUAGGCAUUGGUCCUAUCGACUAACCGGCUUCAGCCUGAUUGCUUGAAGACCAGCAAGGGUUAACCGCCAGCAGGGGGAGUCCUGCUGAUGUACAUCAACUAGGAGCUCCCCCGGGGUCAUCGCUCGGGGGCGUGCCUUAGGCCCACACCUCCAUAGGCUUCGGACAGGGCAGCGCCCCCCAGAAUCCUUUACCGGACUACCCUUCGAUUUGGGGGAAAGUGAUGGCGCUUCCUUCCCCCCCUCUCAUCUGCAUAACAAUACCCUUACCAAUGCCUAACCGCCAAUGCCGAGGAAGAUUUGCUACGAGGUAGGGGAAAAAACCAAAUGGCUGGUGCCAAUUUGCCAAGUGUUUUCAAUUUGCCAAUUGUUUUCAAAUGAGCCUUGACAACUCGGGGAACAACCCACCUUCUUAAGCCUGUUGUCUCAGUGGCGGUAUCUGCGUUGGUCAACAGAUGCAGUUUGUUGCUUGAAACUAUCCAAGCAAAGCUCCUCUGGGGAAGGGCUGCAGCUCAGUGGUAGAGCAUCUGCUUUGCAUGCAAAAGGUCCCAUGUUCAAUGCGCAGCAUCUCCAGGAAAGACUAGGAAACUUUUGCCCGAAACUCUGGAGAGCUGCUGCCAGUCAGCGUGGACAGCACCAAAUUAGAUGGACCCGACUCUGCAUAAGGCAGUUUCUUAUGGUCAAGUGGAAGGUUUUUCCUGCUUAUACAGUGCUAUUGUGUUUUUGUAUGUGCUGGGAGCCACCCAAAGUGGCUGGGGAAGCCGGUCAGAUGGGUGUGAUAAAAAUAAAAUAAAAUUAAAAUAAAAUAAAAUAAAUUAUUUAUUACACUAUGUUAGAAGGUCCUUGUUAGAGGCCCAGCUCUUGAUGCCCUCCUCUUCUGAGGAGAGCUGGGUUGAAAGGCUAGGUUGUAAGAAAACACUUCUAGAUCAGCCUUUGGGAGAGGAUGUUAAAUGACAGCUCUCUGCUUUCACUGAGUCCUAGAAGAGCUUUAAUAGAAGUCUCUAUUAAAGGAGCUCCAGAUUCUUCCAUGUUGGCUGCUGGUCCACUUUCCCCUCAGACAUGGGUUGCUUCCCUGAGCUCGUGAAGGUGUGUGUUGUCAAAUUUAAUGCCAAAGGUCACAUCUGAUCUUCAGCCUGCAUGUGAUGUUAUUAUUUUCUCUUGUGUCAACAGUCUAUGGGGUUGAAGUGCUCCUGAAGAUCACUGGGUUGGGGCCUAUUGAAUACCUGUCAUCUGGCUGGAACCUGUAAGUGUGUGUCGUCAUUCUGUUUUGUUUUUUUUAAAUAAUAUUUAUUGAGUUUCCAAAAAUUUAAACACUACAAACAAAAAAGCAAAAAAACAACAACAAACAAAAAACAACACAACACAAUACAAAAACACUACAAAACACUAACACACAACACAAAUAAAACAAAACAAAGACCAUUUAAAGCACAUUAAACAAUUUCAAUGUCAUAUCUUUCGUUCGCUUAUUUCCACGACUUCCUCACACCUCCCUUUUUGUAUUCCACAUCAAUUAAUUAUUUCAGCAAUUCCUUUCCAUCUUCCUCUGUUUUCUAUCCUAUAAUUAUCUUAACACAUUCUAACCUUAUUUUGUUCCCUUUAAUGCUCUAUUAAUCUAUUUAUACUUAAUUCCUUAUAACAUUUCUGCUAAAGCCAUAUGACUUCAUUCCAACUUUGUUCUAACAUUCAUUAAUUUUGCAAUAUUUCUAUAAAUAGUCUUUAAACUUCCAGUCUUCUUCCACCAGCUCUUCUCCCUGGUCUCGGAUUCUGCCGAUUCUCUCAGCCAGCAAAAAGCAGAUGAUUCACAACAAAAUUUAAGGGUCUAGCAGGGCAAGUCCACUUCCUUCUUUAGCAUCCGUUAAUAUCUUAAAUUUUACUCGAGGCUUCCUGCCCUGCCAACCAAAUCUAGAGACGUCCCUCUGCCACCUCCUGAGACAAUCCCUCCCAUCCAAAGCUUGCAAUGUUUGAAACAAAAGCAACAUCCCCGACAUCACAGCAACCCUUGUCCCCACCACAGCAACUCGGCCCAACAAUAACAACUUCCAAUUUAACCCUAUUUCCAAAUCCCCCUUCUCUUCAAGCCAACGUCCUUCACAGUUGCCCUUGAAUAAAUUCACAUUUCUGGCGGUCAUACUAACCCCCAAAUACCUCUCUUUCUCAACCAAUGUUAGUCCUAUCUCCUCCUGAAACUCUAUCAAGCUUUCCUUUUCCUCAGGUAGGGCUCUGAUCCUCAAUUUCAUCUGUUUCUCUUGUAAGUUCAGUCAUAACAAGUGUCAGCUUGUAUUCAUCAAGUUGUCCUUGUAUGGAUGGGACUCUCUCUCUCUCCAGUUGAAUUACUUUAACUUCAGCAGCAAGGGUUUCCUCCUUAACUUCAUCCGCCGUUUGCCGUAUCAGGGUAGAUUCCUGUAUCAAUUUCUGGGUGGUUUCUGUAUUGGUAUUCACCUUUUGACCCAGGUUAUUUAAACUUUCUACCAUUAAGUAAAUUUUAAUAUUUGCAGCAUCCACUUUCAUAUUUAUCACAUCUGUUUUCUUGUGAAGCUGUUCCAGCGAGUCAUUUAUUUUCACUAAUACAACCGCUAAGGCCUCUUCUGGCGACAUUCCGUCUUUCCCAUCUGCCAUAACACUCAAUAGAUUCAAGGUCAGUCUCACAGUCUCACGGUUUUUAUCUUACAGCUGGAAAUUUCCCAGCCCAGAUCUUAUAUAGCCGCCAGUUUCAAGAACUUCCACUAGAGGGAAACAGUUUCUCUUUGUAUUGAUAAAUAAUAUCCUCUUAUAGGCACAGUUCAAACGACCCAAAACUAAUUUCAAUUUUCAGUUACUUUCACUGCUGGAGACAGUAGAAACAAUGUGUCUUCUCUUAUGCUAACUGUCAAUGAACGAUCCAAACGCUGUCAAUAAACGCCCCACCAAACGUCGGACCUACUAGCAGCCCGUUCCCAGGGUCCGAGCGGCGGUAUUUUACCUCUCUUGGUCUCUUCUGCAGGCAAACUCAGUCCACAACUCCCCCCCCCUUCUGCCUCCAAGGGGGGGGGAUUAUAUUCUUUACUUAUGGAAAUUUAGUCUUUUACAAAAAGCUUUCCAAGACUUCAGCUUGCAGCCUCAAUUGCUUCAGUCUAUUUACAAAAGGGGAAGGCGGACUUCCUGUAUUGAACCUUCCCCGUUUCGAUGCCAAAUUAGACGUUUUAAAAAUCCAAUUUUCCCGAUUAAGCUCUACUCACGGGUAGUUACUUUAGAGUCAAAUUGUCCACAGGAAAAAGUCAGCGCUCUCCCGACAACAGCUAUGCGGCUUUGCUCCGUGGAAGAAGCAGAUGAUUCGAAGCACCGCGCCUCUCACCCCACGUCACUCUGGAUCCCCGAAACUGGGUUUCCCCACGAGUGGGGGAGGCGCAAAAGGUGCCCGCCGAAUCCCACGCUCACAGGCUUCUCCCGCCUGUGAUUUUUAACGGGUCUCUGCCUUCGCCGUGGCGGCCAGACCCAGAUUUCCACGGAGCUGAUUCCUCCCGAUCAGAGGAAUCCAGCCAUUGCCGGAGGCGCCUCCCCGGAAGUCCCCGUGUGUGUCGUCAUUCUGUGUCAUAAAUUAUUUUUUUUUAAAACGUUUAUAUUUUAUUGAGAUUAUUCUAGUAAUUUAAAAAAAGAAAGAAAAAAAAGAAAGAGAAUAUAUAAAAAUACAUUUUAAAAAGUAGAGGAAAACAGCAAUAACAAAAUAACAUAAAAUGUACAUAAAAUGUAAGUUUACGAAACUAUACAGUUAUAUACAUAGAUAAAUUUGUUUCGACAAAUACGUUCCAAAUAUCAUUACAUUUGUCCAGGCAUAAUCUUCAUCUGAAAGUGAUUCGUUCAUGGGCUGCAAGAGCUGUCGUGUCAUCUAUCCAUUGAUUGAAGGGGGGUAUAUUUUUGUCCUUCCAUUGUAUCAGUAUCAAUUUUUUUGCAGAUGUGAGGGGAUAGAGAAUCCAAAUGUCAAGCCCUAUAUAUGAGGUGCAGUCGUACCUUGGAAGUCGAACAGAAUACGUUCAACUUCCAAAACGUUUGGAAACAAAGGCGCGGCUUCUGAUUGACUGCAGGAAGUUCCUGCAGCCAAUUGGAAACCGCAGAACCCGCGUUGGACGUUCAGUUUCCAAAGAACGUUCGCAAACCAAAACACUCACUUCCGGGUUUUCAGUGCUCAGGAGGCAAAACGUUCGACUCUCAAGGCAUUCGGGAUCCAAGGUAUGAACUGUAUAUAGUUUAUGCGUCAGAGACUAAAGCAGGGAAAGGGAACCUCAGGCCUGAGGGAGGGGCUAGAUGUGGCCCUUUGAGUCUCUCUAUUUGGCCCUCGAGAGUCUCUCCCAGGCCACACCCAUCACAGUCCCUGCUUUACACCCUCCUUGAGCACUUUUGCCUGGCCAGAAUGUUUGCAAACUCCUUCCUUGCCUGAAUGGGGUAUAGAGUCCAUAAACAUUAGUUGCUGCACCCAUUUUUUCUUCCGGCCCACCCACCACCUCCCUGUUGGUCCGGGGGGGGGGCGUUGCCUAUAGGGGAAUGCAGCUCUUCUCCCCAGGGACACAGGCUUAAAAGUUCAUCCCUGAAGAUAUUUGUUCUUUUCCCCCUCUCUCUUUUCCAGCUUUGAUUUUUCUGUCACCUUGUUUGCAUUCUUGGGCCUCCUGGCACUGGCGUUAAACAUGGAGCCGUUCUACUUCAUUGUAGUCCUGCGGCCUCUGCAGUUACUGAGGCGAGUAAUUGGUUGAAUAUGUACAGAGGGAAUGGCAAACCCAAGAGCUCGAACGAUUCGUUCCUAACUGAGGUUUGAUGAAGGCCUUGGCUGACAGGAUGCCGAGAGGCCAGUCUGGGGGUCAGGAGAAAGGGGAGAGCAGUUGUAUUAUUGUUCAUUUUAAUUGCGUAUGGACUCCGUUGUUGCUUGCAAACGGUUUAGAAGCCAUUUUGGCAUGUAAGUGGUAUAGAAUAAAGAAUGUUAAUAAUCAUAUUGCGUCCCAGUUCUGGGCACCACAAUUUAAAGAGGAUGUUGACAAGCUGGGAUGUGUGGAGAGGAGGGCAACCACGAUGAUCAAGGCUCUGGAAACCAAGCCUUAUGAGGAACGGUUGAAGGAGCUGGGUAUGUUUAGCCUGGAAAAGAGGAGACUGAGAGGAGAUAGGAUAGCCAUCUUCAAAUAUCUCAAGGGCUGUCAUAUGUCAUAUUGUUCCCAUAAGAAGGAACAAGCUUGAUUUCUCCUGCUCUGGAGGGUAGGACUCGAAUCGAUGGUUUCAAGUUGCAAGAAAGGGGAUUCCGACUAAACAUCAGGAAGAACUUUCUGACAGUAAGAGCUGUUUGACAGUAGAACGGCCUCCCUUGGGAGGUUGUGGACUCUCCUUCCUUGGAGGUUUUUAAGCAGAGGUUGGGUGGCCGUCUGUCAGGGAUGCUUUAGCUGAGAUUCCUGCAUUUCAGGAGAGAGGACCCUUGAGAUGGAUGCCUUCUGACUCCACAAUUCUAUGAUUCUAUAUUGUAACAAUUGCAUCCUUCUGUAACUCAUGCAUGUUGCUGCCCACUCCCUUUUUGUUGUUGUUGCAGGCUGUUUAAGCUGAAGAAACGCUACCGGAAUGUCUUGGAUACCAUGUUUGAGCUGUUCCCCAGAAUGGCCAGGUAACUGAGAGCGGAAGGUGCAGCAGACACUGAUGGCCACCAACUUGGAUGGCUUUAAAAGAGGACUGGACAAAUUCAUGGAAGAAUAAGGCUAUUGGUAGCCACUAGCCAUGAUGGCUGUGCUCAAGAGGUAGUUAUGGCCACAAACUUUACAUUAGCUUGAAAAAUUAUGCUAUCAUAGGCUACUAGCCAUGAUGGCCGUCUUUUGCCUCUGAAUACCAGUUGCUCAAAUCAGGUGUGAACACUGCUGUUGCACUUGGGUCUUACUUUCAGGCUUCUGAUUGGAGUGUCUUGUUGAUCAUGGGAGAACAGGAAGUCGGACUAAAUGGGCCUUUGGCUCUUCCUAUGUUCUUAAAGACCACAAUAAACAAUGUCAACAUACAAAAACUCACCAGGCCCUUCUGAUGGCCAGUGGCUCUAGGUCAAGAGGGCACUGAAGCCUUUCUCGUUGGCUCCCUCUUUUUCUCCUGGGAUCCCUUCCAUGUCUUGCACGGUCGAGCUUUAGAGUCCUUGGGCUUCUCUGCUGAAGGCAUCGGAACGGAGCAGAUUCCCUUAGAUCACCAUAAACUCCCUAACAGAAAAGCCUAGCUGCCCAUGAUUUUCGCUUUGCUUAACCUUGGCUUUUUUCUCCUUUAGCCUAGGUUUAACAUUGCUCAUCUUCUAUUACUGUUUCGCCAUCAUUGGCAUGGAGUUCUUCUCAGGAAAGCUCUUCCCAAAUUGCUGCAAGUGAGUGCCCAGCAUUUUCCUUCCGUCUGGAAAGUAUUUACCGUGCCUUAAAGUCGGGAGCCUUAAAGAUGUGUCUGAAUGGAAGUGGGGAGAGAUAGGUUCAAGUUCUGCAUUGUUUACCUUGCAGGAUUGUUUUGAGGAUUCAAGUGGGCUGGGCUGGGCAGGGCAGAGGCGGGUGGGUGGGUGGGUGGAAUGGGAAGAACUCUAUACAGCAUCCUAAGCACUUUUUGGAAGAGGGUGAUAAAAAUAUCAUUAGUUGUCCAUUUGUUUCUGGGUCCAAUUCAAGAUGCUCAUGUUGGCAUUUAAAGCCCUAAACUUGGGCCCCAAAUAUCUGAAUACUGCCUCUUUCCCUGCAGAACAUAUCAGGUGUUAAGAUAUGUAAAGGAGGCCCCUCUUAGUAGUUCCACCUACCCCUGCAGUUUGGGGUGAUGGCAGCCUGGGAGAGGGCCUUCUCUGUGGGAGCCCCUAAGCAGUAGAACUCCCUCCCCUUUGAUGUGCUCCUGGCACCUUCACUAAACAGCUUCCAGCCACUGCGGAAGGCACACUGGCCCUCGACACCUGGACCCGCCCUAUUCCUGUGAUUGUAAUCUAACUCUUUUACAUUACAAUUACAGGAAUAGGAUGGGCCCUGAAAACACACAUCUCAGGUGUCGAAGGCCAGUAGCCACCGCCACAGGUCCUUGAAGCCACUGAGUUGCGUUAACUCAAUAAUAAUAAUAAUAAUAAUAAUAAUAUUUGCACCCCACCCAUCUGACUGGGCUGAUUACAGCAUCACGGCCUUAUGGCUUCUGUUCUGGGACACAGAAACAUUUUCCAGGCUACCCACCCCCUCUGCUGUCCAGAGUUACAUUUGUAAAAAAAUAAAAAACCACCUCAUCCCUUAUAUACUCGACAAAUGGCUGUGUUCUCCUGGAGAGGGCCUCCUGCAGGUACCACUGUAUCAGGAGGUCCAUUUUGUGUGAUGUCAUAAACAGGGCCCUUAGUGUGGUGGCACCUAAUUCUUUGGAACGCCCUCCCUUUGCAUAUCAGUCUGGCACCAUCUCAUUCUGUCUUUAGAAGGCUUUCCUCUUUCAACAAGCCUUCUAAAUGGAGAUUUUUUAAAAUCCCAGUGGGCAUUUAUAUCAGAUGUGAGUCCCACCCCCCCAUAAGUGCCACAAUGUUUUUUUCAAUUGUGUUUAUAUAGGUAAUUGUUUUAUAUAAGUUUUUAUUGUCUUGUGAAAUUGCUUUGAAAUGUUUCAUGGGAAGUGAUUCAUAAAUAAAUGGAAAAGGGUAUAUCGUCAAGCUACUGUGAGCCAUUUUGUAUUAUUAUUUUCAAACAUUUUCACAAUAAUCUUCAUACCAAAUAGUUGCAAUGUUUCAUAAAUUCACUUCCCGCCCCCAUUUCCCCAGUGUUUUUACUCAGACCCUUUCUACUGCAUUGUAUCUUUUAUCUACUACACAAAAUUUCUCUGUUACAAUCAUUUUAUCAUUUUUCUUCCCCUGCUUUUAUCUCAAAUCCUGCCUCUGAUUUCAUUUGACUAUAGUAUCUUUUUUAAAAAAUAGUCCACAAAAACAUUUUGUACCUGCUUCUCCGUUCAGCGCCAGCACGGUGGCAGAUUCCUAUCGCUGGGUCAACCAUACCGUGGGAAACAGGACGGUGAUGGAAGAAGGCUACUACUAUCUCAACAACUUCGACAAUGUUUUGAACAGUUUUGGUAAGAGCACAAAUCCUAGCGCCCUCUGCUGAUGUAGCCAGGAAAUGCCGCUGGGGAAUUCGGUAGGGACUUCUGCAAGAGACGGUUGCUGCCUGUGAGCAGGGUGAAUAAAAAUCAAUGAUUUGAAAAAUAAAAAAACCAGAUUUUUAAAAAUUUAAAUCAGAGGUUUUUUUAUUUAAGUCAGGUUUUUUAAUAUUAAAUGUUUUUGGAGCAAACAUCUUUCUGAAUACAGUUUUCUGUUCAAGUUACAUUAUAGUCCAAAGGCUAUUCAUCAGGAAAUAAGGAUUUGUUUUAAGUUUUUCAUGUGUGCUAAAACUCAGUUUUUUUUAAAAAAAACACCACACCGUUUAACCACAUCAGUUAACAAACAUGGAUACAUAUGCUCUAAUGUUAUUGUUUUAGUUAAAUAAAUUGUUUAAAUUGUUAUUAAGGAAAUGAUUAUUUUUCUCCUUCCAAUAAAGUACUGCAGAAAAGUUGUCCAAAUAUAAACAGUCAACUUAUUUAACCUCACAAUAAUUUCAUAAUUAUCUGUCAAUGUAUUUCUAAUAGUAGAACCAAAUCCGUAAUUUUUGAUAUAACCGUAAAAACUACUCUGAAAAUUUAUUAUUCCAAAAAUGAAACCUUCAUCUGGUUGUAAAUAUUAAGAUUAUACGAGCAAGAAUUAGUCUUUCUGUAAAAAAAAUUGAUUUAAAUCAAGUCUUACUGACUAGUGAUUUAAGUAAAGUCUUGCUGACUAGUGAUUCUGAGCCAAUCGGAAGCUGCGCCUAGGUUUUCUAACUGUUUUGGGGGUUGAGUGGACUCCCGGAACAGAUUAAAUUCGAGAACCAAGGUACGGCUGUACAUGAUUCCUGCAAAACAGGCUGGUGUGGGAGUUGUUCAGAAACAUGGACCAGCUCCAUGAUGGCUGCCCCUGUUGCUUUCCUUGAUUGGAUAGUGAGCCAGCCACGCAUGGCCAAUCAGAGAUAAUGACCUAGUGCUCAGUUCUCAGCUGGGCAGUGAGCCCCGAUUCACCACGUGCGAUUGGCUCACUUUCGCCCAAGAAGGUGUGACCCAAGAAGGUUUCGCAGGAAGUGACCCAAUGUUCCGGUUUCAUCUAGCCCCCAAAUUCAAGACUGCUGAGGGGGAACUGAGCCACAACAGUGACCAUACAAGUGUUUGUUCUUCCCCUCUUUUUUUCCUUUUUGCAGUUACCCUGUUUGAGUUGACAGUUGUCAACGACUGGUACAUCAUCAUGGUAAGUAGCACUCUGCCGCUCCCUGCCAGGAGCUUUCUUCUGUAAUAAUGUGGCUUGUGAUUCCUUGGUGUCUGCGCUACUGCGCAUUGGUUCAUCACUGGCCAUUAGAUCAUUGAUCAUUGCAGGGAAUAUGCCAAACAACUGGGCACAUGGAAGUGAAAAGUAGAGGGAGCCAGUGCAAUAUGAUUCUGGUAGGAAUGCUAUACUAAUGCUGGGAAGACCUGGGUUCAAACCUGCCACACUCAAGCAUAAAGUCCACUGGGCGAACUUGAAUUAGUGUCCCUCAGUUCACCCAUUGAGGGGAUGAAAUGAGUGUGAGAAGAGAUAGAAAGAGAAAGUUAAGUGAGUGAGACCCAGGCUCCUCCUGGCCUGACUAUUAUAGUCAGUACGACCUUGACAGAAACAUAACAGAACCAGUUUAAACCAGCUGUACUCAGCUUCCCAGAAGGAAUAACCAAAACAUCAGAAACCUCUUUCCUGUUUCUCUCACAUAGAAAUAAACCUUCUAGAAUCCUCCUGAACCAAUCAGAAUAGGAAAGCUCUCUGCACAUCAGAUCAAUGCUUUCUGCUCUAAGAAAUUAAAACUGGCAAUAUUUUCCUUUUCAGGAAGGGGUGACAUCGGAGACUUCGCACUGGAGCCGCCUCUAUUUCAUGAUUUUCUAUAUUGUGACCAUGGUAAGCGGAGUUGCCAACUGUGCUAUUUUGUGAAGCAGUCCUGUGGCUACAGUCUGUAUGUUGUGGUGCAGGGGUGGGGCCUCCAGGCGUUGUUGGACUCCAACUCCCAUCAGCCCCAGACAAUGGUCAGGGAUGAUGGGAGCCGUAGUCCAGCAAAUUCAGCAGGGCCACAUGCUCCCUGCCCUGUUCUGUAGCCUUCACAGUCACUCCCAAGGACCAGAAAUAUAGUUUGCCAGCAAAGCAGUCAAACUUUCCUUUUUGAUGCAUGGUCAUCUGACGAAGGGUUGUAGCAUCAUUUAUGGUUGAUCCUAGAGCAGGGUUUCCCAAAGUUGGGUCUCCAGCUGUUUUUGGACUACAACUCCCAUUAUUAUUAUUUAGAAGACAUCAUCUGGCAGCCCUGUUUAGGGAAGUUUUUAAUGUUUGAAGUUUUAUUCUGUUUUUAGUCCUCUGUUGGGAACCACCCAGAGUGGCUGGGGAAACCCAGCCAGAUUAUUAUUAUUAUUAUUAUUAUCCCUGACUAGCAGGACCUUUGGCCAGGGAUAGUGGGAAUUGUAGUCCAAAAACCGCUGGAGACCUUACCCUACUCCAUAAGUCAGCUUGAGUAGAGCAGUGAAAUAAAUAAUUUGGAUGAGCUGUUUUUGCAUUGCUGCUGACCUUUUCCUUCCCCCACAGGUGGUGAUGACAAUAAUUGUAGCUUUUAUAUUGGAGGCGUUCGUGUUCCGUAUGAACUAUAGCCGGAAGAACCAAGAUUCAGGAGGUCAGUGGGGUCACCCUUGCAACUUGUUUGUUUCCUUCCUUAUUUAUAAUAAUAUUUUCAGACCGCCUUCCAGGCACCAUAUCAAAACAGUGCACAAAAAAUAAAUAAACGUGUGAGUGCAAAAAACAUAAAAAAUUUGUAAAAACAAUGCAGGAUAAUCAUUAAAGGGGCUGGCUCAUCCUAAGAGAGUGGAAACAAAUGAACAGGCCUAUCACAGACUUGUAGAGUUGUAAGGGGGACCACAAGGUUCAUCAAGUCCAACCGCCUGCAUUGCAGGAGUCACAGCAGGAAUCAACUUUUUAAAAGUGCCUUCAAAAGAUUCUGUGCUUUAAAAGCAACAGUGCCUGCUGAAAGAUUGGGACUAGUGGCAUUGAAUGGGUGUGGAAGCACUUUUGAGCCAUUUAUUAUUAUUAUUUUUGAUCUAACAGCAGUCGGCCUUCUAUGGACCACACGGGACAGGCAGGCAGGACUAGCAGUUGCCUGAUGUCAUCGUACAUCAGGUCCCCCAAAUGUCAAGCCAAAAUUCUUCAGCAAUGAAGCAUCACGUUGUGGGUGCAUUGUGAGCAAGCUCCCCCAUUCUUCCUCUGCAGCCACGUCUUGAACUCCCCCCCCCCCCCGCUGGGCGCUGUGUGAUGAUGUCAUGUGUAUGGCCCAGUGGGCAUGCGUGGCUUGCCCAAAAUGGCCUGGUGAGCCAAGUCAAAGAGGCUUGAGCAGGCCUGAUUUUGCCUGAGGUUUCCUUGCCGCUUUCCCCUUCCGUUACCCAGACAAGCCUUGUCCUUGCCUUUCUCCUCUGCAGAAGACAUGGGCAUUGUUUUCGAGAGAGAAGUCUCCAAGGAAGAACUGACAGCUGUCGCAGAGCUAUAUGGAAGGAACUGCAUUGCCUCGGCUGCCAGCCAGCUGCUCAAGGUCAUUUCCCAGAUGGACAGGCACAGGGUGAGUAAUGGGGACUGGAAUUCCAGCAUCUUCUGUUCACCACUUUCCAGGUAUCCUCUCUCACCUCGCCACCACUUGGCUGGUCUUGUUCAGAAUGAUAAAACUUAAAUCACUUCUGAUUUAGAAUGCUAGAGGGUAUCCCUCUGUGGCCACUGGUCCUUGAAGAGGAAGGUAACAGAGCAAUUCAGAUUCCCCCACGCUUCACAUGUUGCAUAUUUUUCCAGCACAGAUUAUUGGGGGGUGGGGGGGUGGAGAUGCACACACUGGAAUGCCACAAUAAGCAUGUACAGUGGUACCUCAGGUUACAUACGCUUCAGGUUACAGACUCCGCUAACCCAGAAAUAGUACCUCGGGUUAAGAACUUUGCUUCAGGAUGAGAACAGAAAUCGUGCUCUGGCGGCGCAGCAGCAGCAGGAGGCCCCAUUAGGUAAAGUGAUGCUUCAGGUUAAGAACAGUUUCAGGUUAAGAACGGACCUCCGGAAUGCAUUAAGUACUUAAACUGAGGUACCACUGUAGUAGAUUUCUUCAAUAAUCACACCAUUGUGAUGUUUAUGGCAACUUUGUUUGCCCUUAGUCAUAGCAGUGGCUGCUUGGGGACUCACAAAAGUGGAGUCCCCAAACCUAUAAAUUACACAGGAUUAUCUAGAGAGGCACUCCGUUGCCUUAGCUUUACACAGGCAUAGAAAUUAAGUCCCAUUCUCAGAGGAAAAUCAUGCCUGCAUUAUAUGGGUUAGAUGCCUGGUUCAGAAGAACAGGAUGCAUCCUCUAUCAAACUACCGUAUUUUUCGUUCUAUAGGACGCACAUUUUCCCCUCCAAAAAUUAAGGGGAAAUGUGUGUGCGUCCUAUAGAGCGAAUGCAGGCUGCGCCACUAAGCCCAAAGCCAGAACAGGAAGACGGAGCACUGCGGAGCGCUCCGUCUCGCGGUUCUAGCUUGGGGAUGGCUGCGCGCAAAGCCUCUCCAGGGCAGCGGGGUGCCUUCACCCCGCUGCCCUGCAGAAGCUAGCAAGGCUGUUCCCAAGUCAGAACAGCGAGACGGAGGGCUCCGUCUCACUGCUCUAGCUUGGGGAUGGCUGCGCGCAAACCUCUGCAGGGCAGCGGGGCGCUGCGCUCCAAAGGCUUCAGGGAUCUUUGAGGCUGGCGGUGGGGGAAAGCAGCGCUUCCCCCCACCGCCAGCCCCACAAGCUCUGGUGAAUGUACCUUGAAUGCACCUUGUUUUAGAGGGGGAGAACAAGAAAAAAAAAAUUUUCCCUGUUCUCCCCCUCCUAUGGUCCGGUGCGUCCUAUGGAGCGAAAAAUACGGUAACUCAAGGCUGAGUUUUUUCUCCACAAAUGUUCUCGACACCAUUUUACAGUUGGAGCAAGCAGAUUCUCCUAACAAUAUAAUUUCACGUACUUGUUUUUACAUCCCUUCUAGCAUUUGAAACCUCCAUUGUCCUAGGUGCAUUUCGCAACAGGGAAUUUCAUUAGCGCAACAGUUUCUGAGCUCUGAGCACAGUACUGUGCCUCAGAUUUCUGGUUAAAACUGAAGAGUGGAAGGAAAGGAGGACCUUUUUCUGCCUCCCCACUUCCAGCUACUCUCUGAAGACUGGGGAAGAGACCCUCUUAAGAAUAUUAGAUGGGUGGGCGGGCAGGCAGGGGAAGACUAGACCAUGCGAAGAAUGAACAUAAUAUUUUAGCUGUAGUUCAUUCAUUUUCAGUGUUGUAUUCUUGUUAUAUAAAAGUGCACCUAGACAUUCCGUUGUUGUGCCCAUAACCUUGGUUUAAGGUGCCAUUUAGCUCCUGGUUUUCAUAUCUCAGUUUCUAACACUGAUUGCUUCACAUGUAGACUAUCUAUCAAGCAUAUACAGUUGUACUUCAGUUUAAGAACAGUCCGGUUUAAGAACCAUUCAGUUUACAAACUCCGUAAAACCGGAAAUAGCGUCCCGGUUUGAGAACUUUACCUCAGUCUAAGAACGGAAUCUGAACGGUGGAAGGGCACUGGCAGCGGGAAAGCGCACCUCGGUUUCAGAACGGUUUUGGUUUAAGAACGGACUUCCGGAACAGAUUAAGUUCGUAAACCGAGGUACCGCUGUACUAUAAUUCCCACUACAGGCACCAGGUUCCCAUAACUUCAGCUUCCGGACAAACUCAGGUAGGAGUGCAAUAUUCACAUCUUAACAGUGUUUACAUGCUCCCACCCCUCCCAGCACACACAGAGCUUGAUAGGAAAAAACCACAACCUGUCCCCUGUUUGGCCUUUGGAUUCCAGCCGUCAGUUUCAUUUAUUUGUAUCUAGUCAUCAAAAAAUUCCAAAACUAACAUUUAACAGUAGGGAAAUAGCACAAGGUAACAUCAGUGGAAGUUAACUCUGAGCUUAAUAAGGUAUGACAUGAACAAGUUUAAAUGCUGAAUUUUAAGCAAAUCACAGCAAUGUUUCCAUUUAAUAAAAAGGAUUGUUCCUGUUUUAACUAAUAUUAAAAUUAAAUGAAUUUAUGCAAAUCCGAAUAAAAUCGUGUAAGACGCAAAUGCCCCCAGCUUUCAAGAAUUUAUCUCCUCUUAUCUGAUAGAAAGCCUGCAGUGGUUGCAGUUGCAGUCUUGAGUUCCCUGUAGAUAAAGUUAGAGAUUUGCUCAGGUCUCUCUUGGUGGUGAGAUCCCUGUGUGCUCCUAGCAGCACCAAUAUUAGCUGUAAUCCAACUCUGGCACCCUUCAGAGGCAGUUGCCUUCUUCCUUCCUCUUAUUGCUUCUCUUCCAUCACUUCAGCAAACGUCCAUGCUGUUCCUGGGGCGGCGAUCAAGGACCAAAAGCGAUUUAAGCAUGAGAAUGUAUGAGGAAGAAAUACAGGUAAGAUAUGUGAAACUGCUCGCAUCCUAGUUAUGGUUAUGCAAUGGUCCCUGUAGCUUGGUGGACUCAGGGAUCUUCUUGGAGGUGCUGCCAGCCCCGUAAAAAAGGUUAAGUUAAGUCCAGUUGCAGACAACUCUGGGGUUGCGGUGCUCAUCUCGCUUUACAGGCCGAGGGAACCGGCCUUUGUCCGCAGACAGUUUUUCCGGGUCAUGUGGCCAGCAUGACUAAACCACUUCUGGGGAAACCAGAGCAGUGCACGGAAACGCCGUUUACCUUCCCACCGGAGCGGUACCUAUUUAUCUACUUGCACUUUUUGAAGUGCUUUCAAACUGCUAGGUUGGUAGGAGCAGGGACUGAGCAACGGGAGCUCACCCUGUUGCAGGGAUUUGAACUGCCAACCUUCUGAUUGGCAAGCCCAAGAGGCUCAGUGGUUUAGACCACAUUGCCAAAUAAAUACUGUCUAGGAGAGUGGGCAACUUUCCCUAGCCUCAUGCCUCUAAAGCAGAGGUGGGGACUCUCUUGUCUUCGCCAGAUGCUGUUGGAGCUACACUUCCUUUCUAUCUUCCCAGACCAUUGGUUAUGCUCACUGGGGCUGAUGGGAGUUGGAGUCUAGCCAGCUGUUUUUUAUGUGGUGUAAUGCGCCCUAGGACCUUAAGGUAAAGGAUGGGCAAUAAAUGGCUCAGAACCAUAAUACCUCAAGGACUGCCUCUCUCCAUAUGAACCUACCUGGACCCUCAGGUCAUAUUCUGAGACCCUCCUUCGUGUGCCCUCCUUCAUGAGAGGUCCAGAAGGUGGUAACACGAGAACAGGCCUUUUAUGCAGUGGAUCCACAUUUGUGGAAUGCUCUUCCUAGGAAAGUCCUAGGCACCUUCAUUAUACACUUUGAAGCGCCAGGAAAAGACAUUCCUCUUUAACCAGGCCUUUGGCUGAUUGACAUAUCGUAUUUUUCUGUGUAUAAGACGCCCCUGUGUAUAAGAUGCCCCCUAUUUUGGGGGACUCAGAAUUAAGAAAAUGGGGGGAGAUUGCCCCCAUGUAUAAGCCUCCCCCCCCCUUUUUAACAUUUUUUAGUAAAAAGAAACCUAGUCUUAUACAGUAGCACCUCAGCUUACGUUACCCUUGGGCAAUGUAAACGUCGGGUUGCGAAAGUGGCAAACCUGGAAGUGUUUUGCCACAUGCACAUGCGCAGAAGCGCUCUACUACGCCAUGUGCAGAAGCAGUCCCUCUGGUUGCGGAAACCUCGGGAUCCGACUGGAGCUCCGGAACGGAUCCCGUCUGCAACCAGAGGUACCACUCUACAUGGAAAAGUACGGUACCUUUUAAAUGUGUUGUGGAGGGGGGUGGGAAUUACUGGUUUGUUUUUGUUCUUAUUUUUAGUAUGUGUUCUGUGUUUUUUUAUAAUGUCGUUUUCUGUUGUGACGUGCCUUGAGAUGAUGGUGAUUAAUAAUAAGAGUAACAACAACAACAACGCUAUUAUUAUUACAAGCAAAAUUUUGGGUUCGUGCACCAUUCAUUGCAGACCUUCACGAUUUGAGGGCAGGCUGUGGGUGUGGGAAAUGAAAUGAUCCCAGUAUUGUUGCCUCUUCCCACAGGAGUGGUACGAAGAGCACUCCAGGAAAGAAGAAAGGCAGUUUCCCUGGCAGGAUGACCAGUCGCUCCAUCAGCCCUCGCCGUUUCCAGGCCUCCGCCAGCGCUCUCAGACCAUUAUCUAAGCCCAGCUAACUUAAGCUGCUGAUUUGUCUGCUGUGCAUUAACCACCCCGUUUACUUACUUUGCAAAGUACGUCUCAGAUUAAUGCAUAGCGUAGCCUGGCAGAAGAAGGUCUCCUGGCGCUCUUGUGUAAGAGAGGUUCGGCUCUCCUCUUUUGCAAAAGCUCAUCCCUGUACUAGGGCCAUUAAGGCAUAACCAGAGUACUGCAGGAUGGCUGGGCAUUAUGCAAGGGAUGGGGGCUGGUUAACAGGGUAGCCACAGUGAAUGCUUCUGGGAUUUGUCUAGUGUAAAGCAGCCAGGGGUUAAUUUGGCUAUCUUUCCCCAGUACAGCUGGAUAAAAUAGUCAGCUGAAGUUAUACAAUCGGGCUGCUUUCCCCCAGGCAUUCCAGCCUCCCAGAAGUGGGUGGCAGGCAUCAGCAGAAAAAACAAAACACCACCAUUUACUGCCACUGUUUGCCUGUCUCUAACUGUAACUAGGCUGCCCAGUUUUCAGCAGGACUGCCCUUUUGAGGUUCAGUUCUGUCCUCAUCAUCUCCAUCAUGGUUCAAUAAGCUGCUGUGGCUCUACAGCAUUUUCCCUUCUCCAACAAGGUUUGUUCCCUGUUGGGCACAAGUCCUCUACACACAAACUGGCUGAAACCUGGAAACUGGUGAAUGAAGGAAUCCUACCACUGCAACUAGCAGAGGGCUGCUUGUCGUGGUGGAAGCAGCUGAGCCUGUGGGCAUGUGUUAAAAGCAAUAACUUUGAAAGAAGGAAAACUGACCAAGGUGUAAUCCUGCAGUCACUGCACAGCAGGGUCCAGGUUGAUCCGCAUCACUUGCUGCAAUUUAUUUUUUAUUUUUUAAAAAUUACCAGCUCUUUAUUAGCCGUUGGCUCUGUCUGACAGCCCUCCACCACACAAGCUAGAGGCAAACAGAGAUGCAGCAGAGUUCGCCUUUGGUUUGCAAUAUGAACAUUUGACAACAUGUAAUGCUUGCCUCAAAAAUGACGGUACUGCAGGCUUCCCAAAUUCUUCUCCGGCUUAGAAUGUUACUCUGAGCUGGAGAAGAAUUCCAUGCCUCCCACUUACCUACCUAAACUCUGUUGCUUAUAAGCAGAGAGGAAAGGUCUUUCUCCCCGUGAACUGUUAAUAUUCCCAGCAGCACUGGGAAAUGGAGCCUUCCUUCUCCUCUUGACGGUAUGCCAUAGCAGCACAUAGUGAAGGCAAAGGGGAAGAGACAGAAUUUCCUGCUGCAAGAUAAACAAGCGUGACGGUGCUUUUAUUUGUCCAAUUUUAACUUUAGUAGGCUCAUAAUAAGCCAAGCUAUUUCCCAGGUGGUUUUUUUUGUUUUUGUUUUUUAAAGAAUAAGGGCUUAUUCUGAGCAAAUCUGUGUUACCACAAGUAAGACAGCAUAGCUUGUGUUUGCAGAAUCCCAGCUCACCUGAUCUGUCCCGAAGACAGACGAGGAGCUUUCCCUAUGGUGGUCAGGGAAGAUGUUCUCUUGAGACAGAUUCUGUCAGCAGAAGCAACCAUUGGUCUUGCAGCACCUGCCUCUAGACAGAUUCUAAAACCCCAGAUAGUGGCCUGCUCAGGGAAGCCAUGCCUGUUUAACUCAGUUCCAGCCUUCCUUAAGGAGAAGUGUGCAGCAGUACCAAGUGCUGCCUAAGAUGAGGGUGAGAGUUCUGUGGAAGUUUGGGGUUCACGCACUGCAGAAAACAUCAACCAGCAGUGAUUGCUGCCCCUACCCUUUUUUUGGGUGCAUAUAACUUAUUUGCUGAUGGAAGGCAAAUUCCGACCUUGUGAUGGUGAAAUGGAAGUUUUGUGCCCCUUCGUGUACCAGACCACUAACUAGCCCAAGGCUAGCCAGUGUGUCGGCCUCCAGAUGUUGGUGAGCUCCAUCAUCCCUGCAUGGCCAGAGAUGAUGGGAAAUGGAGCCCAUCCACAGAUGGAGGGCGCCGUGUUGGCUACCCCUUGAACUAGCCUAAGGAUCAAACCUGUGUGCAGUAUAUAUCUGGGCCAACAGCCGCCUCCACUGGUUAUAAACACUUGGGGCCGCUAUUCUUAAAAAGUGUUUUUCUCCUAAUAGCUGAGUACAGUUUCUGCUGCUCUACAAAGCUGGAGUCUGAGGCUUUUGAGGGAACACAAUUGCUCUCUGUAGAAUAUUGCUGUUGUGGUUUCAGAACCGAGACAUGCUUCCUGAGCUGUACUGCUAACUAACUGACCUGUCUCUCAACUUGCACUGUAUAUGCCCCCCUCCCCAACUCCUUACCAGAAUAAGCUAGUGAUAAUUCCAGAAACUGCUUCUUGCAGGAUGGAAGGAAAAACAAACCUCAGCGAGUCUACCUUCUAACUUGUCUUUUCUCCUUGGCUUCCUCCAACACUUAACUCCAAAGACAAUCACUUGCAGGAACGUAACACGAUGGGAGGUUUGUUCGCUGCGAGUUUGUAUGGCAACUGUAAUGAUGACGUCUGAAACAGUGUUAUAGAGAUAUUUACAGGCACAUUUAAUAAACCUUUUAAAGCGUUCCUUUC